AUGGAUAUCGGAAAGGUCGCGGCGGUCGAUUUAAUAAUUACUCGUACCGUAUUAAUAUAAAUUGAAUAUUUUACCCAUUGUUUCGAAUAAAUUCGUGAAAUACGGAUUUAAAAAAAAAAAAAAAAAAGCAAAAAAGAUUUACUAUUAGAAACGAUUAUGUCUUUCGAAUAAUGGUUCGGAUAACUUGUUUUUCAUUUAUCUGCGGACAAUGUUAAAAAAAUUCUGCUACACCCAUCUAGGUAAAACCCCGUCGCUUAUUCCGCACGGUUAAUAAGUUUCGUGUUAUACUGACUCGGUUAAAUUAAAAAAAAAAAAAAAAAACCCGUAUUAAAUCGCGCGCAAAGUAUUACAUUAUUAUUAUUAUUAUUAUUGUUAUUGUUAUUGUUAUUGUAAUAACGGGUUCGCGGUCGCGUGGUGUAAAAUUUUUAAUAAUAUUUCGGAAUAUCGUUACCGUGUUCGUGCGCUGCGUACCGUGCGGCGUUUACACCGCCGAAGUAUUUGAAAUAGUUUGCGUCCCGGAUAGCCUACACUCGCGGAUUUUCCACCCCGUCCCGUCCGUCGCGGUAAAUUUCCGGAAAUCCGCGCGGUUUUUCGGUUCCCCGGACAAAGAGCCGCGGCGGGCGGGCGGGCGGGCGGGCGCCGGGGCCCCCGAGUCGGUCGAACCGGCCGUUUUCGGUUCCCGCCCGCGUCGUAUCGAAUGCGCGCGACGAUUGCCGUUGCAGACCGUUCGGCGACGAUCACCGUAACACGCGGCAUGUUAUAUUAUCGUUAUGUCGCCGAACAUGUGCACACACACACACACACACACACACACACACACACACACACACGAGCGCGGUGUUCCCGACGGCGUACGGCGCGCGCGCGCGCUUGUGUAAGGGCGGCGGCGGCGGCGGCGUCGUCGUCGUCGUCUGUCAGAACGACGUCCGUCCCGCGCCCGUCGCCGUUUCCGCGACGCGCGUCCGUCGUCGUCUUUGGGACGCGGUAACGUUUGACAAACGGUUCCCGGUACGCGCCAAGCCAACCCCACCCCCCAUCCACCUUCCUCCUCCACUCGCCCGCGUUUUCGGCGCGCCAACUCGGCCGCGCGUGUUCCUCCGACCGACGCGGAAAUAUCGCCGCGGGCGUUCAUCGACGAACGCGGCGUUCCGGUUAUGCAAUUUCGCUACGCGGUCCGUUCGUCCGGAUAGAAUAACGCGAAAACCGUAGUACGCCCCGGGAAAACGCGUAACGGAUAUAUUAUCGUCGUCGUUAUUAUUAUGCCGCAGCCGCAGCCGUUUUUGUUGUUGUUGUUGUUGUUGUUGUUAUGUUGCAAUAACAUUAUCGCGCGCGCGUGCACACGAAAUAUACAGUACGGGCGGUAUUGUAGUGCACCUGUAAUAACGGCAACAACAAUAGUAAUAACAAUACGAGAUCAGAUUGAUACGAUGUUAUACGUGCGCGACGCAACAAAACACGCUGCGCGCUGUUGUGAUGCUGCGCGACCGUAAAGGUAAAUUCGAAAUAUAAUAACGUCUAGAUAGCCGCCGGAAUAAUAUUAUCCGCGGCGAAAACAAGAGACGCGCGGCGAUCGAAUGUCACGCGGCGAUAUCCGGAUAAAUAAUAACCGGCGUGACUUUUUACCCGGACAAACAAAACCGAAACAAAGUUUAUUGUGUUCGCGUGAAUUGCCGCGACGGUUAAACGCCGAAGUCAGACAGUCGACGUGCACCGGACAUGGUACGCGCGAAGCUCGCGCGACUGAUUCCCAUUCGAUCGCUAUUUCACCGUCAGACCGCGUUAAUAUUGUUUACAUAUAUUUUUUUUUUUUUUGUUAUCUAUAUAAUUUCUACUAAAUCGAUAAACGGAAAAUUUCGUUUGCGUAUUCGUCCAGAAAAUUCAGUUGUAUUCGUCUCGGAUCAGUUGUAAUUUAUUUCGCAUUUACCUACGGGACGAACGAUACGUACGGAGAUAAUUCGUCCAAAUAAAACGCAACACUCGACACACACGGCGGCGCCGAAGUAGUAGCAAUUUAGUCGGGCGAAAUAAAAUGUAUAGAGGCCUCGACUUAAAUAGACGCGAAAAGAUUUAGAACUAAAUUCAGAUACGAACUUAUUUUGUAGUUAAAGCAGGUGUUUUUUUCCUAAUGAAGUAUUCAUUAGGUUUUACAAUCAGACUACGGUCCAAAAUAAAACGACUCUGUGCUUAAUUUUCAAAAGAAGUUGGACCGUGGCAUGUCUUCAAUAAGGGUUUCGGCGCCACUGCAUACACACAUAUUUAAUGCAUAUCGCGCACGGUAGAGGUCUGAAAAUUUACAUUUAUAUAAAAGCAAACGUACGGGGGCCCACGUGCACCACGAAACCGAAUUCACGAAAUUCAAUCCGUAAAGGGUUUACGUGGAAUUUUCGGUACGCAAAUUGGUUUUUUUUUUUAAAAAAAAAAAAAAAAACACAGUAAUUAUUAGUAUUGUUAUUUCGGUUGUCGCGGGUAAGGAAGGUCACGAGGGAGUUAAAAAAAAAAAAAAAAAAAAAAAAUCAAUUAGCCGGCAUUAACUAGUGCGAUGGAAAAGCGAUUUUGUAUUUUGUUUUUUCCCCCCCAAUACCGUGGACCGGUAUAACCGUGCGCGACGACUUUAACGUGAUAAUAAUGAUAAAAAUACGAGAUUAGCCUAUACGUAUACGUAUUAUCUACACACGCGUACACGCACGCACGCACGCACACACACACACACAAUAUAAUUGUAUUAGGCAUCUACGCGGUCCUACGUGCGUCCCCGCCGACGACGUUGGUUUCGCGUCGGGGGUGGUAGAUGGCGGCGGCGGUACGGCGUGUAUCACACACCGGCGUAUACCCGUACGGGUACACUUUCACCCGGUAUAAUAAUAAUAUAAGAUUGUGUUAUUAGUUCGGUCCUUGCGUGCGUGACCCGAUUCCGUCGCGGGGACUCGUGCCGUCGUUCGCCGUCACGGCACGGGGCCCUCGAUUCGCGCACGCGCCACACGUCCCGCAGGUUUCGCGUGUAAAACGCGGCGUUAUUUAUUUUAUUUCUCCCCCACCCCACCGCUCCCGCGUUAAAAGUGCCGCGCGGAGAAACGGAAGAAUCUAACGGCGGAACGUACUAAAUACAACAAUAAUACGAGUUCAUCGCGGGUCAACCGCGCCCGCGUUCCCCGGGAACGCGUGUUUUUUUAAAUUUUUAUUCGGCGUAAACCCGAGCGAGUCGCUCGAUUUUUGGUAAACGACGGCGGGCGCGCACAAGUAUACGCUAGUCGCCCGCAGAAAAAAGUCACCGUAUGGUGUAGCAGUCGUACGCGGAGAAAACAAUAGAAAUGCACGAACGGAGUGCGCGUUCGAUAACUGCCGGAUAAACGGUUCGCCGUUUCGCGGAUUGCCGACGGUAUCGCCAACGAACGGCGAUAACGUUAUGGCGAUAGUGAAACAAAAAAAUCCACCGCGUAAAAGAGCAACAGCCUCGCGAUAUCGUAGCGUCGCGACGGCGACAUGGCGCCGCCGCCGGACGCGCGAGCCGCUGCGCGUUAAACGAUACGCGCCGGACGGGCGUCACGUUAUCGUCCGUCGUCGCGGCGUCUCGCCCGGCCGGAUCGCCCGCGCGCGUGUCCGCGGAAAGCGACCAGCGCGCACAGCGUUCUCGCGCGGCGCCGCCCGAGACGUCCGAACGGGGCCGCGUCUCGUCCGAACGGGGCCGCGUCUCGUCCGAACGGGGCUGCGUCUCGUCAGCACGCGGCGCGCGUCGUCGUGCCGGCGCCGGGCGACGGGACGGACACUGCGUAACGCGUUUGUGUUUGUGCGUUGUGUUCGAGCGUGCGCGCGCGCACAGAGACCGCGUACGGCGGACGGUACCCACCGGUUCCGGCGGGCAACCGCACCCGCGGGCGACGCGGCGGCGCCGUUGUUCGCGCGGCCGUCGGCAACGGCGCAAUCCGAAGUCGUGCGGUUUUUUCACUUUCGGUGGCCGGCCGGGGGGUGGGGAGGGGGAGGCACGCGUCACCGUACCGCGCAACGCACCGAGCGCCCACGCGACAACGAUAACCGACCGAAUUCGCUGGUAAACGUUUCGGACGCGAAUACUGCGAAUAUCGCGUUCAAAAGAGUGUACGAAUUAUGGACGUGGCAACGUUUGUAGCGCGGCUUUUUUCGCCUCCGACUUGCAAAUGUCUCUCUCUCUCUCUCUCUUUCUCUUUCUCUCUCUGUAUACAUAUAUGUAUAGAAAUACAACUCAACGAUGUAAACUAUUGGUUACGAUCGGCCACGGGUAUUAUUUAAAAACACACGGGUCGACGUGUAUUUACCGGUACACGUACGUUUUACAAUGCCAGCGAUCUCGGCAUUGACCAUCGCGCAAUCACGUCCAGCGGCGUAAAAUAUUAAUAUUUUCGAUUUAAAAUAACAUAAUUUUUUUUUUUUUAUAUAUUUAUUAUAAAAUCAUAUGUUGAGUAUACGCAGUUAAAGUUACAUCGGAGAUAAGGUUUUUUUUUUUUUUUUUUAAAACUGAAUAUUGGAAUUAUAAAAAGUACAUGACUAUUAUUAAGUACAAGUGAAAUCGUAACCUCUUGUCCAAACCUAUUUACAACCCCGUCUUUAUCCAAUGAUUCGAAUGGAAGUAAUAAUGUACCGUCAAAUUAAAACGUCACCGGCCAGCUGUUGAAAUUUAAUGCCCGCCGCUACCCAUCGAGUUUGGUGAAAUCCUCAAGAAUCCUUUGUAAAUAUCUCUAGUCUAGAUCCUCGGAAAAAUGCGUUUAAAAAUCUGAAAGUUUUAUACAUUCAUGUGUUCUGUGUUAUGCCGAUUGCCGAAUACUUCGGCGGCCCUGGAAUUUUCGAAAAACUUUUACAUUUUUAAGAGUAUGCGAACAUUUUUAAAUUUUGCUUCGUAUAAACUAACAUUUUUUUUGUUUUCGUUAUUGUUUCAGUGUCCGAACACAGCAGGAUAUUCUCCGGUAACAAUACUCACACGGACUACUUUAAGACAUUGCUCCGGGACGGCAAUAACAUUUUGAUCGGAGCCAGGUAAAUAUAAUAUUUUAUCACGUUCAUAAAACGUAGGUAUGUUAAUAUCCAUACUAUGUGAGUUAAGUUUGGGACACUGAUUUAUCGAAUCGGUCGCCGUCGUAAUACAUAUUUAGUACUCAUUUCAUCCGCCAAUUCUAUAGAGUAUAGAUGCUACUACAUCACGGAUUUGUAAAAUCGUGUUGGACGACCGCAAUAAGGUUCAUGGUUCCCGCGGAGGUACCCCGUUAAAGAGUAUAUAUAGCGUAUACUUUUUGUACAAAGCAGUGGUGAAACGUUCAACAAUACUGUGACCGAAUUAUAAUUGAAAAUAAACAUUUUUUUUUUUUUUUAUUAUUCGACUUGUGUUAAAAUAAAAUACAUAGGUAAAUAUACUGUUAUAAUGUUCCGUAUAGCGGAAAAUAUAAUAAAAUUACUAUAUUAACAAAGAUUAUAAAAUUUAAAGAGGCGAACAUCCAGCUAAAUAUUAAAACAAACGUAUAAAAUAAAAGACUAUCGCAACGAAUUGUAACCCGUAUCGCCUUCGUAAACAGUUUUAAAAUACAGUCUUACCUCCUAAAUAAUAAUCUUUAAAUUUCGUAAAUUUGAAUUCAUAUUGUAAAUAUAAAACGAAUCGAAAUUUCACUCUCGUAUUGUAUUAUAUUCCUCGUGGCGGUUUUAACAUAAUGUAAUUUAUCAUUAAGUAAGUUUAAAGUUCGUGUGCAAUUACUGCAUUAGUUGUUAUUACGAAGUUUUCCAAUACUAACGCAGGAAACCGAAACAUCCAAUGUGUAAAACGUUAUUAUAAUCCGUCUAAUCGGUUACUCACCGGAUUUAGUAAUAUUGUCUAUUCUAUAAUAUUCGUAACGUAUUGUCAAUAUGUGUGUCAUCUUAAUAGUGUCAAUAUAUUAUUGCAGAUUUGAUAUUUUCGUUUGAGUUUUAAUAAUAAUAUAAGCAUGGUACGUUUUAUAGAAAAUCCUCUCGCGAAAAAUUCAACGACCAGAGAAUAGGUAAUAUUCGUUCAUUGUAUAAUUUUUACUUACUAUCAAAAUUGGUAAUUUAAUCGAUUAAUUGACCAUUUUUUUUUUCUUUCAAUAAAUAAAUUUACUUUACAGACCUAUACAGGUUAUAGAUUAUCUUUAUAUUAUUAUAUGUAUAGUUACGUUAGGUAUUAGGUAGGUAUUAGGAUUUUGAUGCAUAUUCGUAUUCGUUAAAAAUAUCAUUACUAUACGAAUUUACGUUUCAAUUUAUUUAUAUGCCAAAUGACUGUAUUUCAUAUCUCACUUGGCAAAUUGAAGAAAAAAAACCGUACUCGUAUUUCGAAAUUGCUUCUAGUGGUAUAAACAUUUAUAGUGGCAAUAUAUUAUAAACACGCAGUAUUCUUUGUUCGUUUUACUGCGGUAUACACGUAUAUGUAUGAUGCUAACUCGCCGUGCUUGACUUCAAAAGUAGAAAACUUCCGAAAGCCUUUUCAUUGGAUCACUCUCUAUAGUCGUCUAUUUCGCUUCGACUUUAAUCCGUUUGCAAUUGAACCACUCGUUUUGUAUUUUUCGUGCACGGGACUUUCCCCACUCCACUCCCGAAUACAUUUCGUGUUUGUUUUUUCGUCAUUUCAUAUUAUUCUUUUCGUAUAUAGGUAAUUUUCUUUCGGCUUUCGUGUACAUAAAACCAGAAAUACCUCUAUGGUUAUGAUCUUGCCGAUAUACUCGAAACGGAGGAAAUAAUAUACGCCUCGAGGCAUGACUGUCAUUUGCAAUGUCUUCUAAACCUGGCCAUUGUGAGUCUCGUAAGGGGAUUAAAAACUACAUUUGCUCCGUUGCUGCUUUUCUACGUAGUACAAUGUUUGCGGUGUAUAUUUGUUCUUACUUCUCACUUAUAUUAUCAUAACAUCUAACUAAUCGACAAUUUUUCGGCUAAUUAUGAACACAUUUCUUUCUCUCUCUCUCUCUCUCUCUCUCUCUCUCUCUCUUUCUCUCUAUUCCUCUCUCUCUCCGCGGCCAACUAAUUUCGUGUUUACAAUACGAACACCCUCAAGAGGUUUAAGGCAAAAACCAAAAGUCAAGCCUUAAUGUUGAUCGAUACCAAAAUAACCUUCGAAUCUAAUUUCAAAGCGCAAAAUGUUGCGCUGGUCGCACUUUGUCAACAAUAAAUAGAAAUAACUGAUUAAAAAGUGAUAACAACUGCCUCUUUAAGCGGCCAGCGGCCUCGUCGGUAACUCAGUGGCCCGACCUUAUUUUCUUAGACUUUAUUGUUACAAUUCAUUAUUACGUGUACUUGGCGUAUUUUUAAAUUGACAGAUUAUAUAUGGAGCAGACAGACGAGUGUUAUAAAUUAAUCUUUAAAUUUCGAAAAAACAAAUAAUAAUAAUAAAUUAUAAGUAGGUAUCUAAAAUUAAACGUUAAUUAAUAAAAUAAUUACAGUUUUCGUAAAAAUAACGACACGCCGUUUUCAUAGUUUUUAAAUGUUAUCCUAUAAUGUUAUAUUUUUGUAUUUUCUACGGCAUUUAUUUAUUUGUAUUUGCAACAAAUAUUGAUUCUGGCGUAUCUAUUAAAAUAUUUAAUAGGUUUUUUUUUUUUUAAAGCUGUUAAACUAUAAAGGUUAGUUGGUAUAUAAAUAUAUUAUGUACGCAUAAUAGCGAAUAAACCGAAAACCGUCUCUGUAAAAAUAUUUUCGUAGAAUAUUUAAAUAUUAAUAAGCUACUUAAACAUUUAAAAUAAAUUUCGAGUUUAUCCUAUCGCACGAACUCGGUAUUUAUUUUUGAACCCCUUAUUCGUAUAUUAUAACAAUAUUAAAAUGGCUUUUAUAUAUUAUUAUUAUUAUUAUUACUUUAUAAUACGAUAUGCUUUAUAUAUAUUCUUUAAAAGUUAUACUUUCGUCCGUUUUAUUUGUUUUUAUUUUUGUUAGGUACCUUUUGUUGAGGAAAAAACUUUAUUCGAGUAAUACUUCUUUAAAAUAGUUUUCCGCUACCAGCUAUAUAUUAUUAUACAUUAUAAUAAUGCUAAUACCAUACUAUUAGUUACAAAUAAAACAAGUAUAAUAAUAUCAGCCGUGAAGUAAAUAUUACAUUAAUUUUUUUUUUACAAUAUACGAAAUGGAUACACCUGUAAGUUUAAACUUUUUUUUUUGUGAAUAUAAUAAUAUUAAAUAAUCUCUAUUAGAUUGGACCAGGUUAGGUUAUUAGAUAUUACCAGUCAUUUUUUUUUUAAAUUAUAUUUACCUUGUUUUUAUUUUUGUAAAUGUUAUGUCUAAUUACAUGUCUAAUAAGAUUAAUAGCCUAAUAUUUAUAAAUAUUUAUUUUUUAUUAUCACGAUACUUUUUUUUAACGUCAUGCAUUCAUUCUGUCAUGUUAAUUUGUUUUCCAUUAUAAUUCUACCUUUUUGAUUUUGAGUAGGUAAGUAUGUCUGUUUUGUUUUUCUCUCGGAAAAUUCCUCUUUUGGUAAUUGAGUUAUUCCGAUUUUUCACGUCAUAAUGAUGGAAUUUCCGUCUAGUGGUAGUUUACAAAAAACAGUUUUAUCGAUUUCCAAAUAAAUUUAAAAAACGAGACUACCAACGACGAUACAUUUGUAUUUUAUCUAUUUCGAUUCUCGGGUUAUGGCUACGAAAGGGGAAAAAUGUCUAGUUCUAUAGAUACUAUUUACAGUUUACUGAGCUCCGAUUUGAAUCGGUUUUUGAUUGCAAUGGAUCAUCAGUAUAUAUAGUUAAUAUUUUUAUAAAAUCUAAGUAAAUUUUUUUUGUUUAUACCAUUCCAUCCAUACAAAUUGCAUACUCCAGGGGCGAAACAAAUGAAGUCGAUUUUUUAAUACUUAGGGGUUGGUGUAUGGUUAAUACGAAAACGACUAAAUAUUAGUACUGCCUAACUACUAAUUUAGUUAGAAUAUGUGAACAUAUCGGGAAACGUUGGUACUGGCUAGAUUGUAGCAGGUUUCGUGCAGGGUUAGUUUUGGUGCGUUUCCCUAUCGACCUACCCGCGGUACGAAUUUAAAGGCCGUUGUCCGGUUUUUUCUAUCGAUCCACGGAUAUCGGUUUUAUUAUACACGCCUAAUAUAGUGAAUAUUAUUAUAUCUACACGUUAUUAAAGAUUAAAUUCACCUCGGCCGUUUUCAUAUAUAUAUAUAUUCGGAAUAGGUAUGCCGUUAUAGGGUCCGGCUAUCCCGUAGAGGAAUUCGAAGUAUACGCGUAUAUGUACAGUAAAUUAAAAUUAUUAUAUUUCAAAAUGGCCGUGUAUUUGUAUUAUUAUUAAUUUGAAUACCACGCGUUUAUACCCGUGUCUCGUAUAAUAUAUACUCGUAUAUUAUGCCGCAUAGUGUCUGGCGCGAUAAUAAUUUAUAGUUUUCCUUAUAAUAUAUUAUAAUAACCAACGUUUUUAUCCGUUGAAAAAAAAAAAUGUCUGUACCGUGAUCGCGAACGCGGGGAAGCCAAAUAAUUUUAUCAAAACGGAUUGCUCGUACGUCUCGGAAUAUCGUUCGUCUAUCGGUUAUAAUUUAUUGAUAAUAUUUGUUUGUAAAUUCGAAUAGAUUUCGAUCAUUAAUUAUAUUACACGCUCAACGUUUAAUAAUUUAUCAAAAUCGACAGCAUCACUUCCGAAACAACCUUUCUCUUCGCGUGCAGUGUUUAUAACUUUGCAGAUAUCAAAUUUUAUUUUCCCGUAGACAUUUAUUAUAGUUAUAACUUUAAAUUUCUAAAUGAGAAACGACUAUCGCGCAUAGUUUUACACUUUCAACGUUUACUGAUCAACUGACUUUCGAUUUUUUAUUUUUCUCUACGAUAUUGUUUUCUAAAUAGUUAUUUUCUAUUUAUUAUGAAAUAUUAUUCAAGUUUGAUAAAUUAGUUUAAGGUUUCGAGCGCAGUGAAAAAUGUAUUGUUUUGCUAUGACUUAUUUUUUUUUUUUUCUAACGAAUUUUUUCCAGAAAUACUGAUCCGAUUCUUAAGUGUAGCAUUUUUUCUGAAAGCAAAUUUUAUCAUUUUUUCGAUGUUUUUUAUGACUUAAUAAUAUCGGGAAAAACUGGAAGAACAUGUAGAAAAAAUAAGACAAUUUACGACAGUGAUGGCUUCGUUAUUUUUGUUAUGAUUUGGUUCAAAAAUAAUCGUAGAGAUUUGAGUUCCAAUUUUGUCGAACAUCGUAAAAAUCACAGAGUUUUAGAAAAAAUUUUAACUGAACUAUACUCAGAAACGUAUUUCAUUGGCAAUUAUUUAUUUUAUCUAUGAGGGUAUCAGCUCUUUUUUAUUAAAAGAGAUAAUUGUUAUAAUGCCCGAUAAAAUAGACUUUUUAUUCGUUGUAUAAAUCAUAAUAUGUUUUGAAGGCUUUCCGCAUGGUUUGGGAGCUGAUCAUUAAUUGUUUGAAGGUCACGCGUUCCAUUAGAUAUUAUAAUAAUACAGUAAUAAAAUUGAUCGAAUUUCGUAUAACAAUAAUAAUAAUAAUACAAAAUAAUGAUUGGAAAAUUAAUUUUUGAACGUAUUAUCAUAAUAAUAUGACCUUUUGGAAAAAAAAAAAAACAAUUUUCGAACACAUGACCUUUUCAUAAUACAUCUUUUCAAAAAUAGAAUAUUGGUACUAUUGUAAUUCUCGACCGUCAAACAGACGUUCAGAACCUAUAAUUUCUAUAAAAUGUCUUUCUUAUAUUAAGUAUUUCGUAUCAAUUAGCCUACAUUGAUUUUAGUAGAUUUCCGCCCGUUUAAAUAUUUUAUUUAACCACACUAUUUGAACGACCUUAAUAUUUGAUGCCAUUCGAAUGUGUAUGCGUAUGUGUUUGUGUUUAUAUACUGUUUUUGUUCAAAUCCCUGCACCGAGUGUGCUAUUUUGUAAGUAUUGUUAUUUUGAAUUUCGUUAUUAAGAGGGCGUGAUAUCCGCACGCGUCGUCUCCGUCAUACAAACAUACACGGCAUGUCAUAUUUGCGUUCAGUAGUGAUAACAUUGUGUUAUUAGUUUUAACGUUAAAGUGAUUUGACUUUUAUUAAAUUUAAUUAUAUAAACAUUAUCCGGGCAACGUCAGCGCUAUUUUAUCGAUAUUUAAAUUGUAGAAUUUGAGCGUAGCGAGAAAUGUAUUGGUAUUACAAUGGUGUUAAUUGUUUUUUUCUGUGAACAAUUUUUCUACUAGAUAUGUUGCUCCGAUUUUCAAUUAUUGUAUAUUUUCCGAAGGGAAAUUUGAAUACAGUGUUAAAUCUUAAAGAGGUCGUUUUUUUUUUUUUUUUUUGGAUUUUCCCAGCUAUUUUUAUAAUAAAUAGCAAAAACUGGGGGGGGGGGGAAAUAGGAAAAUCGGAAAAAUAGCUUCGAUAUAAUUAAUUAUCGCUAAAGAAAAUACAUAAAUAUUAAUCUAUGUAAAAUGAUUUUACCACAAUAUGACACAUAUAUUGUUAACAAAGCAAUACUAUUUACCGAACUCCACUCAAAAUCGUUUUUCGUUAGCAAUGGUUAAUCGUUGCGUACAGAUAUUUGUUAAACUUCCCCUCUACCAUCCCAAAUUCUCACCUACAAUAGUGUACCAUCCAUCAUGCAAAUUAUGUCCGUCUCUUUUUAAGUGUUACGAAUAUGUAAAACAUUACAAUUUAGUAAUGCUUCGCUUGUCUUGUACGUUUAUGAGACACGUGCGGGUAUAGUUUUUGUCGAUUUAUCUGUGGUAGCUCUAGCGUUUAAUCAAAUGUGGAACUUUGUGUUUUAGCGCUCGAGUCAUUUCGCUGGACUUUUUUAUUAUUAUUUUUUUUAUGAAAGUGUAAUUAUUAUUAUUUUAUUUUUUUGUUUUUUUUUUUUUUUUUACUAUAGGUACCAUAUAUACCAUAUACAAUUUUUAAUUAUAAGUAGACACUAUACUCUGAUUUACAUUUUAUAAUGCACUACGGUUCGUAUAUAUAUAUAUAUAUAUAUACACUGUAGAUAACGAUGCAAUAAUAUUUGAAGUAAGAGACUGCAUUGUGAAUAAUUAUUAUAAUUCGCGUAGACGAGGUUUUUACCGUUUGCGCGAAUUAUUCAUGAAAUCUCGGAAUUUGUACCUAAAAACUUUUUUCCCCUAAUGGUCUUACACACACACACACAACACACACACACACUUACACACACCGAACAGGCAGCGAAACCAUCUCGGGAUGGAUGUACACCGUUUGGAAUUCACAGCGUACCCGAAUAAUCCUGCAGGCAAAUAAUCGCCGUCACUAUAUCUGCGUUAAAUGUGACAACGCGUUUUGGUCGAUUUCCGAUCUCUGCGGCGCCAACGGCUUACAUUAUGUUGCGGCAAGUUAUUAUAUAGCCUUCGCUUUCGGGGGCCCCGUCAAUGUAUAAAUAGGAUCAUCGAAAUCCUUUGCAAUCUACAGAAUUGGCCGUUUUAUUGUACGAUGAUACAUGUCCGCGAAACGUUGAAACCCAGAACACGUACGCCCGGGGGGCCGACGGGCCGACGGACACAUCGGCAAAGGAGAUGAGUUUCUUUGGUAAUUGGCUCCUUCCAUCUCCGGGGGUCUCGUACCUCCUCUCGUCGGAUUUAUAUAUAUAUAUAUAUAACUCAAUAUCUCCGGGAACUAUUAACUGUCCGCAAAAGGCCACGUGGACGGCGUUACUAAUUGCGCGGCCUGUAUAGCCACCCGCACUACUGUGGUCACGUCACACCCGAAAGUGCGGGAACUACUAAUGCAUUUCGAAAUGUCGAGAUCAAAAGAUUAAACUAACAGUUCCAAUAAAACGUAGGUAUUAAGUUUACCGAAAAUAUUAUAAAAUAUUGUGAAGUUCCAUUAAAGGAGCCUCCAGCUAGCCGGCGCAAAAAGAAAAUCUGAAAAUAAUAUUUCCCCCCUAUAAUAAUAGAGUGUAUUAUAAGUGUAUGUAUAGGUGCUCUCUGGAAAAAUAUUUCGUUAUAUAUUUAUGUAGCGGUACAUUUUUAUGUUUUAUUUUGCUGCUCAUUUUUUUUUUCUUUUGCGAAUCUACGUCGUUGAGAGAACUUUAAAUGAAUAAUAAUAUGAUCUUAUGAAAAAACAAUUAUAUUUGGUCCGUCGUAUUGCAAUGUUCAGAGGUCGUUUCAUGACGUCUUUAAGGAGUUUCGUAUAGGCAAUUCUCUUGUUAAUUUUUUAACAAAAACGCAUAAACUCAAAAAAUAUUUAAAAUCAUUUUCUAAUUCAUUUAUAAGUUGACCCGUGUCAUUAUCAUAAGUAUUAACCGUGUAAUCGCGAAAUAAUCUAAUACGUUCGCGGAGAAACUGUUUUGCACGGAAAAAAUCUACUUGCGUUAAAGACUUAACUUAGAUAUCGAAUUUUAUCUAUACAAAAAAUGAGAACUAGCAUCGCGCAACGUUGAGAUUAGUUUUUUAAUUUUUUUUCUAUGAAAAUAAUUAUUGAAGUUUCAAUAACCUAUGAUCAUUCGAUUUUAGAGCAAUUUGUUGGUAUUAGUAAUAUCGCAAAAAUAAAAACAAACAAUUCUCCUUUUUAUUCGACAACGCUUUAUUUGUGGGAUAUUUGUUUUACUGUUUCUUCUGAAGGUUUCAAAAAUUGUUAUUAUUAUACGCUUUGUGUAUAGGUAUACAGAUUAAUUGUAUACCUGGCCCAGUAUAAUCUAUUAUAUUUAUUUAUUAUUUUUUUUUUUUUUUUUUUUGUAAGUAUUAUUUACAAAUUAAAUGUUUUAUCCGUUUCAGAAUUUAUAUUUCUGGACAUUUGAAGAGCGAUUUUUCAACUAUAUUUAUUUAUUUACUUUUUUUUUUUAACAUUCCGUAUAAAUAAUUAUAAUCCAGUUUUAUAGUACGAUCGCCAUAAUGUAUAUCUACCUGUACAAAAUUGUGUGUUGUUUAUGCAUGUCUUAACAGUGUAAUAAAGUUUUUUUUUAGGUAAAUAAUAAUGUGUAAUAUUAUUUUUUUUUUAUUGCUAAGCCAAUGUGUUUUAUUCAGUUGAUUAAUUUUAUGUAAAGUUAAUUAUGCAAAUAAGUUAUGUUUUGUUUUUUAUGUAAUAGGUUGACAUAGUUUUUUUUUGUUUUUACAUCCAUAGUAUUUUUACUAUACAGACUUAUUAAUUUUAAAAUGAUAUAUGCAUUAUCGAAUGCUAAUUAAAAUCAUGAGAGCUUGCGAUUGAUUCAAAUCAUUAAAAAUAGUAAUAAUAAUAAAUUAAUGUAAUGCAUUUUUAAUAAUUGAAAUUCCGAAAAAUGUUCAGAAAAAACUGUACAGUUUCCGAGAUUUGUAUUUCAAAAUGGCAUAUUUUGAAAAAAAAUAAAUGGCUUUUUUGGGAAAUCUAUAGUUAUAGAAAAUUGAAAACAAAAUAUUACAUACAGCAUCUACACCUUUUUCUUUUACAUUUAAUAAUCAUUUGAUUGUUUCUAAUAUUUCUAUUACUUUUGAUAAUUCUUCGGUAAAAAAAAAAAAAAAAAUCUUAAAUUGUUAUAGGUAUUUUAAUGUACAAAUAUAAGCAACGAUAAACCGUUGCUAACGAAAAACCGAUUUUGAGCACAGUUCAGUUGAUAGUGAUGCUUUGUCAUCAAUAUAUAUGCCAUUAUGGUAAACAAAUUAAAUAGGCAUUAUAUAUUUUCUUAUAUACAUUUCCUGGAAAAACCCUUGGCAAAUUCGAAAAAUGAUCUCUUUAAAGUACCUCCUCAGUCUGAUUUUCUUUAUAAAAAGUGCUAUUAUUGUAAUCGGAGCAAAAUUGCUUGUAGAAUUCUUGUACACAGAAAAAAUAAAAAUAAUAAUAACAAUAAUAAACAUCUUACUCAGAAACUAAAAAUGUGAUUCUCUGGAAAUGUUAACUUUCAUCAAAAAUUUCCAGUUUUUUCGAUUUUUUGGUAAUUUUUAAUUAUUAUUUUAAUUCAUCAUAUAUGAGCACUAUACUAGACAAACAAACAGCGGGAAUUUCAAGUUUAAUGGUGGCAUAAGUAUGUUCUGUCAUAUAUGUAGUGUCUUAUAGUGGGUGAUGGGUGAUAUACUAAAAGCUAUUUAAAUUGUUAACGGUUUCGUUUGUGAUUUUUCAUUUUAAUUUUUUUGUAAUAGUCGCUGGCCAUUUUAUCCAUAAUAAUGUAAUAUAAUGUAAUACUGUUAUCGUUUAAUAUCAGUUUUUAUGCCUCGACAUUCUAUCAGAAUUUACAAGACAAAAAUAAUAAAUGUGAAAAAAACGAAAAUAAUUUAUUAUGUUUUUCACUAUAAAAUUACGUUUAAAGUCCAUUAGGUAAAUUAAAUGUCCAAUACGAAAACAUUCCGUGUAUGCGGUGUGUGUAUGUGUGUGUUGUGUGUGUGUUGUGUGUGUGUAGGACGUAGGUAUACGAAAAUAGAUGUACGAUAUAUGCUCGUGUUUUUUUCCUUAUUUCGAUAUUCUGUGGAAAACAUAUAUUACUAUUAUUUGUUUAAACAUUGUUAUUUAAAAUAUUGUAUAUUUUACAAAAUGGUUUCGGCGUCAUACUCGAGUAUAUUAAAUUUUAUACGAUAUUACAAAGGAAAAUAAAUAUUGUUAUUGUUAAUACAAAUUUCGGGUACUUAUACAUACAUAAUAAAUUAUGUAUUUCGUUAAUUUGCUAUUCGGCAAUUUGUACGCGCGAGAUUUUCGUUUCCUCCUGCUAAUGUACCACGGUUACAUUCGUAUUCUAAUUUGGUCGUUCGGAAUAAAUAUAUAUAUAUAGGUAUAAUUAUAACCCUCGUCGCCGAACAAAUUAAAUUUCGCAUUUUUAUUAUUAAUAUAUUAUACGGUAGUAAUUUGUAAGAGGUAAAAAAAAAAAAUAAACGCGUACGAAUAACCGUGUAGCUACGUCUUUCGGUUUCGAUCCGUGUUAUUACCUAUACAUAUAUAUAUAUUAUAAUAUAACGACAUUAUAUAUGUGUACUGUCGAAAACCGUCGUAAAAAGAAAACGCGAAAAACUCAAUAAAUAUGAACACGUUUCUGUAGUAUACGUAUCAUUAUCGGUUGUUUAACCUAUAAUUUUAUUUAUAGUUCUUUAUGCGCACGUAAAUAUACAUACAUACACAAUACACAAUUAUUUAGAUAAACGCAACGACGGCGCCGUUAUAGCGGAUUUUUCUAGGUGCUAUUUUCCCGAGCCGCACGGGGAUCGAGAGAAAAAUAUUUAUUUAUAUAUUUUUUUUUUUUUUUCCCCGUUUUGUAAAGAACAUAACGUUAUAUAAUAUAAUAUCAUAUACACGGCGGAGAAAAAUAAAAUGGGGUCGUAUCUCGUUACGAUGCAAAAAAAAACACAAAAAAAAAACAAAUGAACCCUCGGAUCACGCGCGCGACCGCGAUGGUGUGCAGUGUAGUUGCUUUUCGGUAUUGGCGGCGAAUGGGCGUUUGAACAAAAGCACGCCUCGUUAGAGCGACAAAUGAACAGGAUACGAGUAUAUAAUAUAUAUCCAUACAUACAUACAUACAUACAUACAUACAUACAUAUACAUAUAUAUAUAUAUAUAUAUAGUUACUCGUUCACCGAAGACGACGAAUAUGUCGUUUGCGGGGCAUUUUCUCUUGGCCGAAUUUCGGUCAGGUAAUGACCAAAGGCACUCGAAACCGAAUGGACACGGGGAUGUUGCAGGAGUUUCCCCCGUUUCUUUCGAAAAAGUCUGUGCACACACACACACACACACACACACACACACACACACACACAUAUAUAUAUAUAUAUGUGUGUGUGUGUGUGUGUGUGUACACAUAUUCGACGUCGAAUUCGCUUGACGUAUAAUAGGUAUGUUUAGUAAAACGGCGUUCGCGUAUCACACACUGCUGCCGUGCGAAUCCUUUGGCCAUUCGAAGUUAGCGAACGGUUCGUGCGGGUCGUGGUGCUCCCAUGCACGGCAGAUUCGUUUAGCGAACGUUUAAUAAUAUCCCAAUUAAAAAAUACGGGCAUAUUUCGCGAGAUCGGUGGGCCGUUGUUGUAGGUGAGAUGUUGUACAAGUAGAAUAUAGAGAGGACUCUAAUUUAUAUAUUUUGUACUCGACGGUAAACCAUGUGUUAACGAAAAAUGAUAAACGAUAUAUAAGUUAUAUGACUGUGUUGUAUUCGUUUUUAUUUUGUUACAUUUUUUAAUUUUUGUAUUCAAACAAUUUUCUAAUCACCUGUUAUACUAAUACCUAUAUAUUAUUUACAUUUUUUUUUUUCUUAUAAUUAUUUGUUAAGUUAUAUCAUUGUAUGAUACGGACAGAUAAAACAUAAUACAACUUAAAUAAUAAACAUAAGCAACAAAAACAAAAACUAAUGAAUAAAUGUAAAUAGUAAAAUGUAAAUUAAUUAAAUACAAUUUUAAGUAAUUUUAUUAACUCAACUUUCUGUCUUAUCAUAUCACGUGAGUUCAGUUAUAGUCGUACAGUUAAGUUCAUCAUCUAUUGCACAGCGUCCGCAUUAGCUAUGCGGAUCUUAUUUAUAAUACCUUUUAUCUUGUUUGUGGACUUUUUUUCAACUGUAUGUUUGACAUUCGAUUAAGACUACUCAAAGUUACAAAGUGGAGAUUACACUCUAUCCCUGUUUGUGCAAUAACCAUAAUAAAUUGCAUACAAAUAAUGAAAACCAAUUUGACGUUAUUGUGUUUUAUUUAUGUAAUAUUAUUGACAUUGCUUAUGUCCUUACGGCAGGAUUGAAUUAGUGUUUUUUCGAAUUAGAUACAUUUACUAUUUUUGAAUUAUCGUGAAAAUCAAUGGUCAUUAGAAACAAAAAAAAAAAAAAAAAAACCUAAUCUUAAAUACUACGACAGCAAAUUGGUUUAUUACUUCGUUUGUUACCGUCCAAGACAGCGGACUUGUCUAAUCACGGUGGACAAUUUCUCACAGUUUUUUCUCCCCUCAGACUCAAUCAGUCUUUGUGUCAUAUCGCUGCAGUGAAAUCGCUGUCCUUUCUCGUUACAUGAUGCGCGUGUAAUAUAUUAAGUGAAUCGGAGGCAGACUUGUACAACGAUACCGCGGCGUAUAGAAGGCGAGGGAAAAAAAGUAUAAAAUAUAUCGAAUCAAUAAUGUCUCCCAAAAAGUUUACCGCGCUGGUGCCGGUGAACCCAUGGGGUUCGGGUGACUUUUGCUUAUAAUUAUUACCUAGUGUGUGUAUGUGCGUGUGUGUGUGUGUGUGCGUGCGUGCGUGCGUGCGUGUGUGUGUGUGUGUGCACCUUGUUUAUAUAUAUAUAUAUAUAUUGUUUUAUUAUUUGCUUUGGAGUUUGGUCAAAAGAAGGGGUGUUCGAUUGAAAAAGUGAAAAUUACAAUCUUACGAGCGUUGGGAGGUCCCCAGGCGAGUAAAAUCCCUUGCCACCACCAAACUUGUAGCCAAUAUUGCUUAUAUACUCCCGGUACAACGUCCGUUCAAUAUAUAUAUUUCUAGACCUCGGCCAGAUCGGCCUCCGAUAUAAUUGGAUCUCGCGGGAAAAAAGAUUCUGACCGAAUAUUGUUUUUGGGAAGAUAUACGUAAUAAUAUAAAGUACCCACCUACUCAUAUAUAUAAAUAUAUAUGUAUGUAUGUAUGUAUACCUACCUACCGGAAGAAACUAUCCGAUUUUAUUUGUUCUCCUCCUCCACCGCGUACUAAUGUGAUUAUUCAAUAUUCCCGUUUCUCUUUUAUAAUGCUAGCACAAAAGUCAAUGUUUCAUAUGCCAAUAUAAGUUUUCAAAACAUUGUUUAUACCGUUGUAGUACAAUUCGAAAUACCAGAAACGCUUGGCACGAUGAGUUUUCCGUGGUUGUUGAUAAGGAAAUCGGAAGGUGUAGGAUGUAAGAUAAUUCAGUGUAUAUAUACUGAAAGCAACAAUGAAUAAUUAUAAUAAAAAACGAUAGUGAGUUGAGCUCGAUUAACUGAUAAGAUUACAUAACUACUAUUGCUCGAGUUUUUUCCCUUCGACUUAAAUGGUCACACAGUUUUAACAAUUAUAAUAAUAAAAUAUCCUGAUGUAUCGUCAUAUUUUGUUGUCAAUAUUUUUUUUUUUUUUUUUUUUUUUUUGAAAUUGUUGAAGUUUUUUGAAAUUCUUGAAAAUUCCGCAUUUUAAAGGUACUGUGUAAACAAAUCGGAGAAUUUUUACAGGCCUGAAAAAUGUUUUCCAAGAAAAAACAUGUUUUAAUAUUAAAACUAAUAGCUUCUUAGCUUUAAAUUGUAAUGUAUACAUAAUUGUUUGUUCCCUUUUUUUUAAUUUGUACACAUCAGAGAAUAGUUCAGUCUAUUCGACUUAAAAUAAUAUAUCGCGUCUUUUAUAUUAUUAGAAUAUUAUUUAUGCCUCAGAAUAUCAUGUAUUUUGGUUUAAAUCAUUUUCAAAUGUAUUCUAACCUUCUAUGAGGUUUUUUUUUUAGAUUAUUUUAUUAUGAAAUCUCGGAAAUCUAAAACAUUUAUGGUUCAAUGAAAUAAGCCUGAUAAUGUUAAUGUUUAAAAUAUAUUUUUCUUGUAAUUAUUUGAUAAAUUUUCUGUUCACAAAAUUUCAAAAAAUCUUCAAAUAAUCUUCGAAAUUCAUUAUUUAAAAAAUUUGAUUGUAAAUGGUAUCAUUUAAACAUACACGAUAAAAAUUAAGCCAGUUUCACAUUUUUUUUCUCGAUUAAACCAUCGUUAAGUUUCAGUUCACCAAUCUUAUUGUCUUUAUUAACUAUUUGGGUUGACCACCGCAGUCUUAAAGCUUCACAAAAUUUGUCUCUUUUCAUAGCACACUCGAACUUCUUCAAGAUAUUUUAUCUCAUUUUAUAAACAACGCACGCACGUCAGUUUUAGUUCAACAAUAAUACUAUAAUACAUGCAAUUAUUGAUUAGGCGUACGAGUGUACUUUUAAGGUCUUUAGAGAACACAUUAUCAAAAAUGCAUGUACGUGAAAAAUUGCGAAUAGUUUGAUCCUUAAAAAUGAAAUGAUACUCAUUGGUAAAAAUUAUAGAAAUAUAUUUUAUAUAUUCAGGUCUCCCUUUACUUUAUUAUAAUAAUAUUGACUGGCUAUUUAUUUUAAUUUAUGUUUAAAAAAACUUAGCGUAUCCUUAUUAUAAAGUACUAUUUGUCCUUAAAGAUCAUAAUGAAUAAUUCAUAAAAUUAUUAUAUAAAAUGCGGAUUAUAGAUUAGGUGUUGCAUCAUACACAACGGAGUUAAUUUAUAAUUUAGUUGGUGAACUUUUUGAACGAAAUUAGUAUUUAAAAAAGAAAGGGUUCCGAAAAUUAAACUCUAAUUAGAAUGAAAUUUAUUCAGGUAAUUGGAAAAUUAUAAUUACAUUUUAUUUUAUUUUUUGUUUUGUUUUUUUUUUUUUUUAUAGGAACGCAGUGUACAACUUAAGUUUGGCUGAUCUGUCAGAAAAUCAAGUGAGUUUUUUUAUAUUUAUAUAUUUUUUUUUCUAGAAAAUUAUAGAGCGAUUAUCUUUUUUUUCUCUUUUUAUAUACUAUCUAUCUACUAUACUAUAUUAUAUGGGUAUUUUUUAUUUUCUGACUAACGAAACAUUGUAAAAUGUAUAAUUUAUAAUGUGGCAAAGUAUAAUAUUAUGUAUACACACACACACAAAUAUAUAUAUAUACCGGUUGUGUUUGUAUAGAAUGAAUAUAUUGCGUGAACAUCAUAAAAUGUCUUGUUCGCGUGUUUGCUGCGCCUUUUAUAAUAAUAUAAUGUUAUAUUGUUGAUGAAUCGUAUCGUUAGGCAGUUCUAAAUUUUUUUUUGUUUUCCAAUUUUUAUAUUAUAAUAAACUAACAGUAACAAUAAUUAUUUUCGUUAUUAAAUAUUUUAUGACUGAAAGGUUUAAAUUUGCAUAAAACUAUGCUGAAAAAAAAAAAUAAACACCAAAUUAAUAAUAAUCGGGUGUCUUCUUUUUAAUUUGAGUCUCAAUCUUUCAAAUUUUUGGCAGCAGUUCUUCACUUCCCGCGCUUUUCAUUAAAUGAACAAAUUAAAAAAAAUACAACAUUAAUAUAGUUGUAUAUUAAUGUUAAGAAAAAAAUAAGUACGCUAAAAAACAUGUACAGUUCUUCUUUUUGUUUAACGAAAUUUGCGCGAUUCUGCUUCAAAAUAUACGGUGCAAAAAUAGUUGCUUCGUGUAAAACAGUUUUUAUAGUUAAAUUACCGGCGGUAUUACAUCCUUGUACACACAUAUAUUCUAUUCAUAGUCUUCUUCUCCCAUUACCUUCUACUUAACCUCCAAUAAUCAACUUUAAUGAACUAUCAUCGUGAUGUUGUAGGUGACCUACAUUAAUACCAUCGCAUCUAUUUGUUAAAAUUUGCCAUAGUUAUUAGUUAUGCAUAUUUUUUUUUAAAACGCCAUCGUUUAUUUCAAAACAUGAAAUCUUAAGUAUCUAACAGUAUAACACCACAUUUCAAAUGCUUAUUUAGAUUUAUCGUACUCGCUAUUCAGUUUUCAUACACAUACAUAUAUUAUACCUAUAUAUGACAUGUCACACUUGACACUUGAUAAAGUGAGUUAUUUUGAAAAGGUUCAAAUUGGCUGUUGAGUGUGUACCCAACCUAACCUAACUUAUUAAUUAUUAAGACAACAAUAUUUUCAUAUGUUUUGUAACUAUUAUAAGUCGGCGACUUGGCGGUGACCGAAAAAGCACACUAUUUAAACAGUGACAAAUAUUUUUCUCCGCGAUAAGUUAAUUUCCCUUUCGUUUUUUGACGAACGGAAAUUCCACUUUAUCAAAUAAUCGCGAAAUAUUCUUGUUUCCGUUACAUUGUCGAGAAAUAAUAUUGUUAUAUUGAGUGGAAACGAUUUAAAAAAAAAAAAAAACGCCACCUAAGUAUGCUAAUUGAAUUAUAUAAUCAUUAUUAAUAACGUCCACGUCUCCGACUUGUCAAGUGUUUUUCUCGCCUUCUCGUCGGUCGUCUCGUCUCGACGCACAGCAGUUCGCGAACGCUGUUAUUCGAAAAUAAUGUUAAUCAUAUUCCGCCUCGUUUUUUUCCCGGCUUACGAAAAUUCGUUUUUCUUUCAACAAUUUUUUUUUCUAAUUUUUUUUUUUUUUUUUUUUAUGUAACACAAAUCGUAUUUAUAUAAUAGAUUCAUGACGGUAUAUAAAUAUCCAGUAGCCGCAAAGUGAAUAAAAUAUUGUGUCGUUUGAAAUCCGAUCUAUGCAUUAUGAUGCGGAGUGUAUUACUUGUAAUAUAUGUUUUCCUGGUGUCCAAUUUUAUACGUUUACUCGAGAUAUUUAUCUGCGUCAGGAACAUUAUUGACAUGCGUAGAAAAAAAAAAAAAAAAAAAAAAAAUAAUAUAUUUCUCGGGCAACACAUAAGUAGAUUGCAUGCGGAGUUUUGUGCUUUCGGAACUACUCAACUGGCAACAUCGUCUUGAGACGUUAACUUUACUAGGAGAGGAAGCGCAUAUUAUCGAUCGCGACAGACUGAUGGAAAUACAUUUGUACAGAGCGAUUCGAAAAACCAUACUUCCGGCAUAAUAUUAUAAUAUAUUGUUUGAAAUAUUGUAUACAAUAUAUUAUAUUAUUCCUAUUCGAUUCUAUUAAUCCUGAAUAAGCGAUACGUUUUUUUUUUUUUUGUAAAAUAACCUUAUAGAAUAUUUUCGCCUUGAGUAGAUGGAAUAAACUAAACAAUAUUCCGCCAGUAAAGGUUAUGAAAAAAGAAUAAAUCCGGCAGGCGGUUUUUUCUUUUUUGAAGUUUAAGUUUUGUACGUUUUAAAUUAGGUAUAUGGUUUUUUCUUUCUUUUGAACUCACUACGUUAUCACGCCAUCACUAACAUUGGACAAGUUUCUCGGAUAUUUCGUAACUGCAGUUACAAUAGAUAAAAGUUACUUAACAAUAUUGUGUAUCUAUGUAUUUAUAUAUAUCAGUGUAUUGUUACAAUAAGAUAAUAAAGUUGCUGCAUAAAGUAUCGAGUUGUGUAGUUAAGAUAAUAUAGAUAAUAUUAUUAUUAAGUUAUGACUGUUACGAGUUAUUUUUAAGUAAAACAAAGCCUAUGUCUAUCUUAUCAAAUUUGCAUCCGUACACGGAGAGACAAAGAUACUAUAUAUGUAUUUAUGUGGUUUUUCAUGAAAUUAGAGACGAUCAAAAUUAUUUAAAGGCAUGUUUUGUAAGUAAAUACAUUUUGUUGUCAUAUCACAAAUAGUUCUCGUGGAAAUUUGAAUUAAUUAAUAACGUUAUACAGUGACUGCUUCUGCAUUUAUACCGUGCUGUUAGGCUUUUAAGCAAUUCUAAACGGAUUCGAAUAUAUGCAUAGCACAACGAUAUUUAGACCUUCAGUGAAGCGAUACGAGUUCCGAAAACUGAUUUGAAUUUAAGUUUUUAAUUUUUAAAGAUUCGGUUUGAAAACAUAUAUAUAUAUAUAAAAAAAGACCGAAAUUAAUUUGAUUAAAGUGACUGGGUCGAUCUCUCGUACACUUCUCGCUGAAUUCAAAUCUGUUUGCAGAUAAACAAGAAACCGUUAUAAAUUACUUAACUGCGUACGUGUGAUGUGUUAGACGAAAAAGGAUAAAUUAACCCCUCUUUCCAUUUCGAAUUCUCCUUUAAACCAUUUUAAUCGUUUAAUCGUUUAUAUUAAUCACUUAAUUAUACUUAUAUAGUAGUCUACUCGAUACAAAUGUCUUACCCAGUUUUUAUGCUAUAAUAUUAUUGGAAAUCUGUGUUUUUAUCUCUAGUUACAAGGUUAAAAAUAAUAACCGAGUUACGAGUAACCUAAGUUUUCCCUACCCCGUUCAAUAUACUUUAAGUUUAUACGUUUUACCCGUUUAUUACUAACAAUAUACAAGUAUUAACUAUGGUAAGUGUUAUUUCUAUCUCGUGAUGAUGAUUAUUAUUGCGUGUUCCGUUUCUCUGUGGACAUUGGCGUUAACAAAGUGUGCAAAACAACAACUACAAAAAAGCAAUAGUAAUAAUAAUAAUGUGAAAAACACAACUGUAAUAAGUCCGCGAGGGGAUAUUAUUAAAUAUAAUUACAAUUAUUAUUGUUAUUACUAUUACGGCGGCGGUGCACCGGAAGCGGUAUAGGCCCUUUGUCCAGAAACCGGAAAUAACGAGCGUAUGAUGAUGACGACGUUGUUGGUUGGUGUUUUUUUUUUUAUGGACUCUUGCAACGGGCAAGUGACAUAGAGAAAAAUCGUUCAUGCGAAAAGGGUUGGCGGUGAUUAUCGGAGCAAACGGUCGCCACAGACAAUGUCAUCGCUUUCUCUGUUUUUGUUAUUUCAUUUUAUAUAUAUACACUGACCGUCGUCGACCAUUUUGUUUUUAUGUCGACCUUUUAUCAGUGCGGUACAGCUCUUAAAACCGUUAACAGUACACAAUAUAUUAUUAUAGUUUUGUUCGGAUAUCAUAACGUGCUCAUCUUUUUUUUCCUCUCACUUACAUCCUACCCCCGUCAUGUACAUGCGAACGACCGUCGUCGUCACCUCUUAUUCUAACGUCUCGUAAUUUACUUUCAUAUCGUCGUCAUCACGAUGUGAUGAUGAGUGUAAUAUUAUUAGUAAUGACGUAGGAAAAAAAAAUAAGUUUAUCAGUUUAUAUUUCUGAUAUAAAGAUAUAAAGGUCUCCUUGAUUGUGAUUCAUCUUGCGUGUUUUCCAAACGGCGUGUAUUAUCGACACUACGGGUUGGUAAUAUAUAUUUUGCUAUAAAUUCGGUGUUUACCGUCUCAAAAACUUGACGAACAUAUGGGACAUUUUAUUUAAGAUAACCAUUUUUUUUUUUUUUUUUAUGUUUUCUCAUUGAUCGUAAUUUAACACUGUCAUCACUGUGACAUAAUGCUCAUCAUAACUGUUCGCAGUGAUAACGAAAAAAAAAAAGAGGCGCGUAUUAAGAUAUUAGUGUAAUAUUAUAUCAAAAACCACUCUUCGAAUUAAACAUUUUCUUUUCGAUUUGCCCGAUAGACGAUUAGUAGUAUAAGUGUUAUAAUGUUAUAGUAUUAUUAUCUAUACUCAGUGAAAUUAUUGCGUUAUACGCGUCUUAUAUCUAAAUUAAUAAUAUCUAAUAACUUUCCGCGUCAAAAGACAAAAAAGGAAAAGGGGGAAAAAUGUACAAAAACUCCGUCUUUAAAGCAUAAAAUAUUGGGAUCGAUAUCGACAGUCUGCGAGUAUUAUUCGCGUAAAUACCCCGAGUGACGAGUUUCUGCGUUAUUUCGACGACCUUUGAAUUUUAUUCCGGAAAAGAAUAUUAUAAGAGUAUUAAAGAAUGAUGGUGCAUCUUACCUUUUUCUUUAUGGCUGGUGAUAUUUUCGGUUUGACCGUGGUACACCAAAAAUACCAAGAAAAAAACUUAAAAAGGUUGAAAAUAUUAAAAUUUCUUCGUUAUAAAUACUAUUUUGUAGAUUUUGGAUUCGGAAAUUCGCGGUUACUCGAAAUUAAUUUUAGCGAAUCAUUAUAGGACUUACUAUAGUCUGUAAUCUGUAAGGUAUUAAGAGGACGCUACACUCUCAUUUACUGUCUUAGUCCAAAUAACGAACAACGCAGCAAAAUUACGUUAUGCCUACGUAAAUUGAAGUUAGAGUUUAAACACAAAUAAUAAAAUGUACAAAGGAGAAUAUUUUCGAAAGCUUUACGUAUAUUUUUUCAUAAAUUAUUUCCGUAAAAAAAAGUUAUGGUUACUUGUAUAUACGGUUAUUUUUUUUUAAAUUUUUUAGGAAAAAAAUCCAUACAGUCCUCGAAAAUUGUAUCCAUAUAUAUUUUGUUAUUUGUGCUUACACUCUAAUUUAAAUAUAAACGCUACAAUUUACGUUAUAAGUAAUGUGUUUUUACUGCGGUGCCCAUAUUGGCUAGUCCGAGACAGUAAAUGCGAAUGUGGCAUUUUCAUUUGAUAUUUUAUUAAAUUAUUCGUAUGGUAUCGUUACCUUCUAAAUCCUAACCUUAAUGUAAAUAAAUUGGUGUACACGGUGUUUUUAUAGACGUCUAAUCCAAUACUAAUCAAAUAUUAUUUCGUUUCGUUGUUAUUUCGCGAACCCGGACGCGUAGCUCAUACACCCAACCACGUAGUUUGUACGCCAAAACGGUUCGUAUAGCGCAUAGGUUAUACGCGCGUUCGUUAUUUUAAAUCGGCAAGGUUCGGACGGGACGGGAAGCAGUGAAAUUGUGGGGUUGUCUGAUAAUUGUAAUGAAAAAAAUUUAAUAACGUGAGUAGUUUCGUAUGAAAAUUAUCCGGUGGACGGUUGCCAAAAUAAUAACACACGCGCUCGGGAACUUGCCGCCCGUACACUGUGCUCGUGGUGUUUAGCAACAAGCCGCGGAUACGUACGUACAAAUAAAAACUGGUAGAUAAUUGACUCUGCGAGCGAAUCUGAGGCCCGGGGGGGGCAGCCGCGUACCCGCAAUAGGCCAAACGUUAUUGAUUAACCCGCGCCGAUAUUUAUGUUUACGCAGUGCAUUAUGCGCGAUAGACGUGCGCGACGGCACGAAAAAUACGCGAAAUAAUUAAUCAACGAUUUCCCCCCCCCUCCCCCGUUACGUCGCAUCUCAUCACGUUACAGUUUACGGUAUAGGCGAGACAUUUUACGCGGAUUAAUCGAUGCAGCACGCAGUGUCGGCCGUACGCGCGUGUAUGUUUCGUACAGAGCAAUGUCUGCGACGCGUCGCCGCAAACUCCCCGAAACCCCCCCCCCCCCCACAUGCAACAAACGUCGGUCCCGCGGCACAAAGCCGCGCGUUCGAUAACGCGCUUGUUAUGAUAUUCAUUUGGGGGGGGGGGAGGGUUGUAGGGGCCACGUGUGCCGCUCGGCGAAUAUCGUAUUACGCAACGCGUUCGCGAUUUUUUUUCCCGUUUUCUAUCGAAUUCCGAAACGUCGCCCGUCCGUCCCGCGGCCGGCAUUAUAAUUUCGGCGGCGGCGACGGCGGCGCGCGGCGCGUCCGAGUGCCGGAACGGCGCCGGAGGAACAACCGGGUCAUAAUAUAAAGCGCACGUUUCGCUCAUAAUUGAUGGCCUUUUCGACUGCCCCCUGCCAAAAACGGUUUUUCACGCUAAACGAGAAUGCGCUGCAGGGGUGCUUGGCGGACGGGCGAAGGGAAUUCGGCGGCUGUGUGUGCGUUUCACAUAAAAUACAUUAUACACGUAUGUACAAACGUUCUGUUCGUGUACACAUUUUAUAUUCGUAUAUUUAACGUGUGUGUGUGUGUGUGUAUGUGUGUUUGUGUGCGUUUGUGUGCGCGCGCGCGCGCGCGAAAGAGCCGUAUUACUGCUGCUGCAGUGUGACCGUGUUACACGUGUGUUGUGAAUAUUGUCAACACAGAAUGCAAAUGUUUGUUCCGACCUCUUCUCGUCCCCUAUUUACAUACACACACACACACACACGUUAAAUACGUGGACCGGAUGACCAGCCGGCCGAGGGUUAAAAACCCGAUCGUGCCGGCGGCCUUUUGCGUGUCUGUGUGUGCGCGUGUACAGAAAAUAAUACAAUAAUGAUACGCGAUCACGACGUAGCGUUGUUUGCAGUACGGGCCGCAGACCAUUGUGUUAUAAUAUAAAAAUUAAAACAUUAGACCGGUUUUUUUAUGUUUUCUUUUCCGGGAGCCUUUACCCGAAUCAAUCGAAAAGGUCUAUCGAAUUAUAUUCUUUUCGAUCUUCGAUUUUCGUUGAAACGUGUCUAUUCGGUCGAUAGUUUUCGGCCGUGUGUGUCCUCAGACAUCGAUCGAAUAUUGUAAAUCGUAAAAUAUUAUUUUCUUUUAAUCACUUUUUCAAUAAUGUUCUUAUUCCACGGGAUAACUCGAGUGUUUGCGUUUUAUUCGAUUUUACCUAUUCUUAGUUAUGCGAAAAACUGACAAUUUGUAUUGUUUUUUUGGAUUACCUUGGUAACACGGGAAGAAAAAUACAAUUAAUAAUACUUUGUUCAGAAUCGCUUUUCCUUUGCAAUGAUUUAUCGUUGCGCACAGACACACAUUAAAAACUAAUAUCUUUCCUUUUGAAUUUCCUCCCAAAACAAUGACACAUCCAUCAAUAUUAUCAGCCAUUUUUUUUUUUUUUUUUUGCAAAUUUAUUAAUGUUUUCUAUGUAUUUAAUGUCAUUAUUUGCAUACCAUAACUACACCGCGAUAUUUUUAAAAAUCAUUAUACAUUUUAAUAUAGCUCCGAGAGUGUGAGUCAUCAAUAGUAGAUUGAUCUUGACGAAUGAGGUUUUUUCCCCGAGUACGAAACAUUAGGAUUAUUAUUAUAAUUUUUUUUAACAACAGCUAAACUUCAACUAACAUUACACUACACCAAACCGGAGACUACUCAUCGCCAAAUGAACGAGACUGCUCGUCGACUAAUGGAUAAUGGAUAUUGGAUACUCGCAUUCGUCACGGUUUUUAUUUUUCGGUUUAAUAAAAUAUUCCGGAAUUAUCGAAUCGCCAAAAAUAUCCACGAAAAAAAUAACCCCUAAAAGCUAUUCGAUAAAAACAACAUUUAUUUGUUGAUUUAGGAUUCGGUAAUUCACGUGUGUUUGCUCGGAUUCAUAUUAAAUACUUUUUAGCCUUAUUGAAAUGUAGUUAUUCUUGCCGAAACAUUCAUUUUUGUAUAAUAGUUAUUUGACUUUUUUUGGAGUCUUUACUCUAAAACUUUUGAACGAUUAUAGUAAUAUUAUAAUUUAAUAGUUAUCAAAUAUUAUUGUAAAUUACCGACGUACAUUUCGGUGCAAUUUUCGUUAUUUAAUUUUAUUAAAUAUACGGGCCAGAGCGUUACGAUAAUUUGUGCAAAAUAUGAUUUACUUUUGUACAAAACUAUUAUUACUUAGCACUCAGGUAAUAUAUAGAUAACUUCCUAAAACUGAAAUUUAGAUAUUUUUAAGUAAGAAAGUAGAUGUCGCAUCAGACGUUUUAAAGGCAAGCACAAUGAAGACAAAAAAACGUUGCAAUGAAAAAUUACAUAUCUCGUUUGACGAGGGGAACUAAAAUUAAUUUGGGCAAGUUGCGUAGUGUAAUCGAUCUCAUUGGUAAGGGGCUUAGAUAAAAAUGUCAAACCAGUGACUUGUCUGUGGUCUGACAUGGAAAACGAUAAAUUCAGUGUUACAGCCGUAGAUAUGUGUAUAGUUAUGCGGAGGGCAGUCGAUAUUAAGGACGCGUGGAGCUAAAUAUGUCUCACUCUUCCAAGUGGAGUGGUUCUAGUAUAGUGGACGGAUUGUGAAUGACAGAAUCGUAUUUAAUCAGCGGACGACUGAAGAUGAACAGAAAAUAGUUUUUAAUGAGGAGUGCAAUUUGAAUCACGAGCACAUUCGUUGGAAAAAUCUAGAGCUUUAAGAGCUUUACAGUUUGUUGUCUCGUUAUACAGUCUAGGACAGGGUCUCCCAACCGGUGUGCCGCGGCACAUUGGUGUGCCGCGAGACCCAAAUGGGUGUGCCGCGAAAUGCCAUGACUAUUAAUAAACGUUUCCGUAAAAUUUCAGUAAUUGGUUAAAAUAGUUUUAACGAUUUUCUUAUCGGGGAGGAUCUUAUCUUAUUGUUCACUAUUUCUUAUUAAUUCAUUUAAAAUGUUAGUCAGUUAGUCGUUUGUCGUCGUAUGAAUGUCGUAUGAAGUACAUUUAUUAUUACCGUGUUUUAUUUUAACGGAAAAUUUUUCCCCUCGCUUUACGAUUAUCGUUCGUACUACGUGUAGCACACGAUGGAUCGUUUUUUAAUUAGAAAACGUAAAUUAAGCGAAGAAUUGCCUGAUCCUAAUUAUGCUCAUAGAGCUGAUGUUGAGGAAUUGCCUGGUCCGAGUUUCAAUCCUCCUAAUGUUGAGGUGAGUGCGAGUAAAAAUGCUAACGUACGAUCAAAAAAUUAUAUUCGACAAUAUCACGAAAGCUUUUUAUCAUUUGAUUUCACGUCGAGUGGUGGAGAAAUGCCUAUACCUAGUAUACCUCAAUGCCUCAUGUGUAUUGAAAAAUUAUCUAAUGAAAGUAUUGUACCAAGUAAGCUGAAAAGGCACCUGCUUACAAAACAUGGUUUUGCGUCUGAAAAGCCUCUAGAUUUUUUCAAAAGGUUAGCCUCAGAUCAAAACAGACAGGCUUUAAAGUUUAUAAAACACUCAACUGUAUCAGAUAAGGCACAGGAAGCUAGCUAUGCUGUCGUGGAACUGAUAGCAAAAAAAAUGAAAUCUCACACAACAGCCGAGUCAACCAUUUUACCAGCAUGCUGUGAAAUCUUUAAAAUUUUGUUUGGUGAAGAUUUUGAAAAAGAAGUUAGAAAAAUUCCGCUAUCUAAUAACACUGUCCAAAGACGUAUUGAAGACAUGUCUAAAGAUGUUGAAUUCCACGUGAAUGAAAAACUGAAAGCAGCUGAAUUGUUUGCCCUUCAAUUAGAUGAGUCUACAGAUGUAACCGGAAAACCUCAGGUCANAUACAUAAAUAAGUCAGUGACAAGUGUGCCGCGGCUAAAUAUGGGCAGUGUGCCGCGAGGGAAAAAGGUUGGGAAACGCUGGUCUAGGACAUACAGUCAAUGGGUGUAAAAUUAAAGCCUGCGAGAUCACGGACAGUGAUUACCAGCCGGAGGUACGCGUUUAAAUAAUUUGUUUUAUAAAAUGUUUCGAUAGUAUUAUAAAACCGGUGAAGGAAUAUUUAUUUGAAUAUUCCUAAAUAGAAGGAUAGAAAGAUAGAGACAAAGGGAGAGAGAGAGAGAGAGAGAGUUCCAUAGUUGUGCAAUUCGAAAAUACCGGAAAAAGUCCAAAUUAAUCCGUCAGGCCGUUUUUUUUCGCAAUAUAAUGUGUAUGUGUAUAAUUCCGUAUAUGUACACGAUGCGUUAAAAAAAAAAAAAAAAUGAUAAAACCAUCAUAAAUUAUACGCGUAGCAGUGGUAAAUCAUCGAUAUCGGAUCUCGUAUAGAUCAUAAUAUUUCCCCCGUCGUAUUUUGCCGUCCCGCGCGCCAAAACCUUUUUUUUUUAUUAUUAUUAUUAUUAUUUUCUUUAUCAACAACCCCGCACGUGUCCCGCGGUUAUUACCGCCGCCGCCGUACUCGACCGCGGCAAUCGACCGGAGUGCGCGUAGUUUACGGCGUGCACAUAAUGUACGUGUACAAUUACACUGCACUACGCACUGCGCUACGCACUACACUACACCGGGCCGGGGACCGUAUCACCGAAAACCGCCUCGGGCAACGUUUCGUCGUAUACAUCUCGCAGGGGUCUCUCUCGGAAAACUUGGCCAAAAGGGCGGCGGCAGCAGCGUGUUAACAUUUUCCAGCGCGUAUAUAUUUCUAUACACAUUAUUUUAUAUACGUAUACACGCCAUUUGUUCCGCGCAACUUUUAUUCGCACCAAACUCGAUGGCGAAAAAUCCAAAACUCGGCGACUAUAAUACUCAUCGUAACUGUGUGUAUAUAUAUAUAUAUAUAUCUACUCUUCGAAAACUUUUCGUCUCGCCCUUUAUUAUAUAUUAUUAAUAUUCGCGUUACGAACAAUAAUGAAUCCCACCUCUGCAGCCGCUGCCGCCGCCGUCGUGCAGUCUGUGUGCAUGCCGCGUGCCACUGAUAAAAAAAACACGUAAUAAAAAUACGUGUGCGUUUUACGCGAUAUGUCAUCGUUAUUAUAUAUACACCUAAUAUUAUACCUAUACAUAUAUAUAUAUAUACACGCCCCGAUACUCGUGGCUCUCGCUCGUUUUUCUUCGCGUUUUCAUAUAUAUAUAUAUUUUUUUUUUUUUAUAUAUAUUAUACAACGCAUAAAAUAUUUUGCUCGGAGAAAUCACGUCAAUAUUAAAAUGAAAAAGAAAAAAAAAAAAAACCCUGAAAAUAUAUCGUGGAAAUAACCUGGUCUAUUUCGCCGAUUUUGUUAUGAUAAUAAUGUCGUAACCGUCUCCCUAAUGGCUGCUGUUGGUGUACAGCUAGCGGUUCGACGCGGUACGCGCGUUUUUCCGGUGCGAUAAAGACCGCGCUUGUACAUAUAUAUAUAUAUAUAUAUACAUAUAUAUAUAUAUAUAUAUACAUAUAGUUUGCUGCCAUUCGAUUCUCCUCUGCCCCUCUCUACUUCCCCCCCCCUCCCUCCCUACCCCCUUGGUUCCGCAGUCACUUCUCCUCUACCGCUCCUUCGGGGGUAAAAAAAAAAAAAAAAAUAUAUAUAUAUACCGCUCGCAUAAUAAAUCACUCUCUAAUGUCAUCCGUUUUGCAUACGACACGACUAUGAGCUCCCUCCCCUCCCCUCCACGCAUACUGCCCCCUCCCGGCCAACAGCCAACCCGUCCGCUAUUCGCGUGCGUAUAACAUAUAAACAACAAUAAUGUUUCCACACAAUCGCUUAGUGACGACGGCAACGCAGGAGGCGGAGGAGGAGGUGAAGGCGGAGGAGAAGGUGAGUUUACUACCUCCGCGACCGAGACGGGAAAAAUACGCGCAUAUCGGCGGGUGCGGUGAGGCGGCACGGCGAGUUUUCCCUUCGGCUAAUCUCGGGUAACGCUGCGCCGACGACGGCCCCGCGCUCGGCCUCGCGUCGUCGUAAAGAACUUACGCAGUCGUCUCCGUUGUUCAGGCGCUCGUGCGAUUAUUGGGCCGACAAGGGACCUGCCUAUAUAAUAUUGAGAAUAAUACGUUUCUUCCGACUCCUCGAAUAUAUUACGAUAUAAUCGUAUGGGUACUUUACGUUAUUACAUUGUUCGUAUGUACGUAUCACGCGGGGAAACGGUUGUAAAAACGCGUGUCGGAAUACGAUUGUUUAGACGCGGCGCGUACGAUCGACGAAAAUUAAUUAAUACAACAGUAUUAUUUAUAUAUUUUUUUUCUUUAUCUUGCCCGAGUAACAGCAGCGUAUAGCCGAUAUGGCGCCACGCGAGUACCGUGGCCGUCACCAUCGUCAAGAACGUUUUCGCCCGCCAAUACUUGUACUGAUAUCCGGCGAUCACUGCCAGCUGGCGUUUUCUCCGUGAAAUUUCAACAUUUCCGCCCACAUUCACAAUUAUUUGUCAAUAUCGGUACGCAUAGAAACGCGCAGUUCACAACCGGAAUGCGUCGUAUCUGUAUACUGUUAUCGAGCAUAGGCGCAACUAGACAUCCGAAUUCGGGAACGCUAAAAUUGUAGACACAUCACAGUCCCGCGGGACUGUCAAUGCUCCCGCGAUCCCCUCGAUACGACACUUAUAAUAAUCAACUGCACAUUUCAGUCGCAAUAUGUUUUAUACAAAUGUAUCUUGUCUUAUUAAUUUUUUUCUGUAUACAUACACGCACUGUCUGUACAUUUUCUGUAUUUUGUUGUGCAUAUUAACUAUGAAAUACACGAAUAAAAUACCCAGUCGUCCAUAAAAAAAAGCUUGUUGGGUAUUCUUUAAAGGGUUCAAGUGGACACUAGGGGGCAUACUUAUGUUAGGGGGCUAGCAGUCCCUUAGAUGCGUAUAGAUGGUGUUGUGUCAAACAUAAACAAUAUGUGAUGUGACGACGGAGUAGUUUUUAUAAAAACCCUACAAUUUUGGAAUUCCGAUUUUGAGCCCGUCGAGGUUUUAUGAGGCAAAGUGGUCAGUCUGAUAGUUUUGAUUUUCAAAAUUUCCGCUGGUUUCGCAAAUUAUUUUACAGAUAAUAUAGACUUCAUCGGCUAUUAUUUUCUUGUAAUUUUCUUCCAAAAUGUUGUUUACCGAAUGAAAUAAACCCGGUGAUUAUAAAAUUAUAUAUUAUGUUUUUAAAAAAAAAAAAUCUUAAAAUUGGAAGUUUUUCCUCAUGUUUUGACAGAAUGAUAAUCAUUUUUUUCUUUUGUAAAACAUCGCUUGUUCCAGCAACCAAUACAAAUUCGAUCGACCCUUUUCCAUAUUUUAUUAACUUUAAUAAAUCUUUUAACAGUAGAAGUGUAGAGUAGAGUAGAGUAGAUUACUUAUUCGAAAGUUUAAUUCUACGGGUCAUAACAUUAUAAUGUUUGAACAAUAAUUAAGCAUCUGUGUGUGUAGCGUUUGAUGUAACUUAAUAGUGUUUACUGCAAUUAUUUAGUUCAUUAGGAGUAAAACUCGCCCGAAAAUACGAGUAAUGCGAUGCAAUUACUAUUCAUUAAAGAUAAUAAGAUAAUAAUAAUUAGUAAAAUAUAAUUUCAAAAAAUUUGAUAUUGCUGUGGAUAGGCCACCGCGUUGUAGGUACUUAGAAAGGAAAGCACAGGAUUUAAAAGGUAAUUUAGUUAUUAUACAUAAUGUAACGAUAAAUCAUUGUAAAUUUUUAAAAAAAUAAACGAUUCCGACCGGAGUAAUUUAAGUCGGGUAUUUUUCUUUUAUUGCCAAUAAGUUAACUGAGAUAUGAAUAAAAAUCAAACAUCAAGCUUAAGCACUUACUGCUAAAAAUUUCGAUAAAUAUUUCAAAUAAAGUACGAACGGUCAGAAAUUCUGCAUUUGUUGAUGAACCGCGGAAAGCACUAUUUGUAAAACCAAAAAAGCGUAUUUUUUAAAAAAAAAACAUUAAAAAAAAAACUGAUGCUAGGGAUAUUUAUUGAUAUCUUUAAGUAACGAUAAAUCAUUGCCUGACGAAAGACAAUUCUGAGCGCAGUUCGGUAAUGCAUAAUUUGAAGUAUCUUAAUUUAUUUUCGUUUGAAAUUUGAUUUCGAAAUGCUCAUUAAAAAAAAAAUAAGUCGUCAGAUGAUUUUGAAAAUUUCACCACGUCUAAGGAGGUCCAAUAUAAGUAUUAUUUCCUUGUUUCAAGUCUUUACGUGUAUUUAAAACCGAAUUACAGUAAAAAAACUUCGGAAUAUUAAAAUUCCUUAAAAGAUCAAAAGUGGCUCAAAAGUUUUGAAUACCGUAAGAAAUUAAAUCAAAAAUGCAACAAUAAAGGUAUCAUGUGAUUUUUCGAUUAAAUCGUUUUUUUUGGUAGAAAACGUCGUCCGUGUUUUUAUAAAAUAAUGAAAUCGUGAAAUUGUAAGUUUGCCUACGUUUUUUUUCCCACUUAUGUGCUGUUAAAUGAUAAAAAAAUGACCUCUUUAAACUUUUAAUCUAGACGACUUGAGCUUUCAGAAAAAGGUGCUACACUUAUACCUCGGAGCAAUUUUACUAGGUGAAAACGUGUCCACUGUCUAGAAUAAAGAACAAAGUAAAACAAAUAAACAUCAUUGUAAAACCAUUAGCUCCCUCGCUAUGUUCAGAGUCCAAAAGCAAUUUUUGUAAAAAAGUAUUGCAAAUUUUGAAAAGGUUUUUAAUUUGGAACACAUAUUAUGUUGUUUAAAUGUUGGCAGUUUUUUCUCUUUUUUUCCGUAUAGUAAUAUUGUGUAUAUUUACACAUUUGUGACGAUUAAAUAAAUUGAAAUCAUAUUACAUUUGUUAAUUGAUUUGAGGAAAUUUACCAACACGUGUAAAAAAUUGGCACGAUAAAAACUUGUAUUAUAAUUAUAAUUUUUUAACAAUCACAAAUAUUAAAAUUCGCCAAUUUCUCUGCUAAAUCAAUAUUGUGUUAUGUAUAAUUUACCGUUAAAUUGCCCUUUUUUAUUUAUUUAUUUUUUCUAAACUUAGUUCACCUCGAUUUUUUCGUUUAGUAAAUAUAUAUAUAUAUAUAUAUAUAUAUAUAUAUACUGGUGUACGAAUUUCAGUUAAUUUAAUUGCAUACAAUUUGAGACAUAAAUUAAUUAUAUUAUGUUACAAGUAAUUGGUUAACAAACAAGAGUCGAAAAUUAGAUUAAUAUUAUUCCAAAAUGCAAUUAUAAUACAAUAAUUUAAUUUGGACUCGAACGUUUUGUGCGAAAUUUUAAACUGUUUUCGAAAUGAAAAAAAAAUGUAGUGUAUUUAUAUAAAUUAUACAUCUAAUUUAUAUGUUUUUUAAAUAUAUAUAUAAAAACGUGUAACGUUAACCUCGGCUAUUAAAUUAAAUUAGGUUUUUUUUUGUUUAUCGUUUCGUGGUACAUAGUAAUAUACUUUAAUUUUAACGACGUUUAUUUAUUUUUAAGAUAUUUCGAGCAAUUAUUAUUAUUUAUAUUCCAUCCUAGCGUUUCAAACAUCAAAAAAAAAUAAAAAAAUAAAGUUUAAGUAAAACAAUCGGCGUGUCCCGUCUUGUGUAACAGAAAAUAACGCAUUCCAUUUAAACGUUUAAAGAGGUCGACGUAGGUUUUUCAAAUUUUCUCAAAUUAUGUUGAAUUUUAAAAAAAAAAAAUUUUUUUUUUUUUAUUUACGAUCAUCUUAAUACAAAUACUGAUCCGCUUAUAUAUUGUCCGAUACCCGUUUAAGGGAAAGUAGUGCUGCUGUUUUUACAGACGAAUAUGCCAUUUUUAUACAGACCAGUGGUGGUGCAUACCCCGCAUUGUUCGAUUUCGAUUUUUAAUGUAUAUUUAGAUUCGAUUCCGAAUUGUCUAGAUUAUUUCAGAAUUCGAUUUUAGAUGAAAAAAUAAACACAUAAUGUCGUGGAAUUUACAAAAUAUAAUAUUUGACUUUAGUUUUGGAUGUUUUCGGAAAAUUUUGAACUGAAAAAUGGUCUUCAUUAAUAACGUAGAUAAUUUACUAUCUAUACUUAACAAAUUAGUUAAAUCGAACAUAUGUAAGUAUGUCUUAUUUCCCACAAUUUAUAGUUCUAUAACGUAUGGAAAACUAGGGGAACUACUACACCCUUAAAUUCAAAAGUUAUUUGAAUUUUAAUCGAAAAAUGUGUGGUAAACAUAUUGUUUUUAUUAUUAUUAUUUUUCAAAUAUGUACAAAGCAUAAAUACGAGUAUUUGUCGCCAUUAAAAACAUCAUUAUAAAAUGGAAAAAAAAAAAAUAAUAAUAAUAAUAAUAAUGCAUUUAAAACUGCAUUGCCAAAUUAUUAGUACUUUUUUUUUUUUUUUUUUUGUUUAUAUAUGUUUAUUUUUAAUUGAAAAUAUAUACGUACACUGUUCAAAUAUGUAUUCGAUAUAAAUUGUGUGCAAAGAUAUUAUACCUAUAUAUACACUAAUAAAGACCAGAAAAUAAACAAAACCUGACUAAACCAAAUAUAUAUAUCUAUGUAUCUUUUUUUCAAACACAGCGUUUAUCAUCACGUACAAAGGUAGUUUUUGAAGAUCUCCGUGAUAUAAAUAUACAUUGUUUACUAUACCCUGUGUAAAGCGACUUGUUUGAAACAUAAACGUGUAAAAAAUAGAUUUUUUUUUUUUUUAUUGGUCCAUUAGUCUGUUUUAUAGAAGUAAAAAAAAAAAAAAAAAAAUAAAAUAAAAUGUUCAAGGGGUCUUCCGUACUACUUGUAUUAUACAUUUCUGAUGGCCCGUUCGGCGUCGUCUGCUUUUUACUAUACUGAACAAAUAUCAGGAUGCAUUUAUAUAUAUGUAUAUACAUAAAAAAAAAAAAAAAUUAAAAAAAAAAAACGAGCUGAUACUGCUGAUGAGCGAGCAUGUUAUAUAGGUGUGAAGUUGAAUAGAUAGGUUACAUGGAUAUUUAAUUUAUAUAUGUAACGAUAUGUAUACUAUUACGAAGUACUAUUUUGAGCGACGUCCAUUCAAAUGCCAUAAUUUUAACGAUUUCCGUCAAAAUUUGAUGUUUUAUUAAUGCAUUAUAAAGGGUGAUUUUUUUUUUUUUUUUUUUUUUUUAAAAUGAUCAAGUGUUCUUAAUUAUUUAUUUAUUUUUAAUACCAAAUGCUUACUGGGCUUCACUGAGAGGAACGCGCGUGGAGGUCCAGGGUUAUCUUUUACCAAUCGUUAGAAUCGUAACUAUGACAAUAGUAAUAUUAUAUUAUUACUAUUGUUCUCCGUUAUAAGUUAUAACAGUUUAAAAUUUAGACCGGAUGAGCAGAGAAGGUUUAUCAUCUUUUCGUAUAAACACCGAUAUGUGAAAUUUAUUACCCUACCCUACGUCGUAGUCUAUUUAAAACCGAUGCAACUGAUAAACGGUACCAUUAGUCACAUUUGGUAUUAUACCUAUACAUAUUGACAUAUUUUUUUUUUUUUGGUUUUGUUAGAUCUUUGUUGAAAACGGGAAUUACGCCGCUCCGACGCAAUAAAAUAAUUCGCCUAGCUUGUUAAUUAUAAUAUAUGUCUGCCGACCUUAUACCUACCGUAUAUCAUUUUAUCCAUACUUCUCUCGCACAGUCGCACAUCCGCAGGUCGUUUGUCCGGUUAAUUUAUUAUAAUGCAGUUAUACCGUCCGCAUAGCGGACCGUCAACCGUCAGCCAUUCUUACAAAACGUUUUGUGCGGCGGCGAUGUACUUUAUACUACCGGCUAUUAUUGCGAUUGGAUUUUAAACUUAUAGUACCUAUUCUUAUAUAUAUAUAUAUAUAUGUAUACGUGUAUUGAAUUUCUAUUGUUAAUUAAACGUCGUCGCCGCCGUAUAUUUAAGAGGAUUGCCGUAGAAGUCGUGUGUUUCUUGCUGUUGGGGGAGGGGGGGNGGGGGGGGGGGGGGGGGGAGAGAGAGAGAGGGGAGAGUGUGGGGUUACGGUAUAAUACACAUUAUAUACUGUAGUGAUGUAAUAUGGUUAAUUGGAAAACUAGGUUGUCAAGCCGCACGGCCGUCCGAAAGUUUCGUGCGCGCAAUCUAAGACGGUACCCCUUUUGCUAGCAGCAGCAGCAGCAGCAGCAGCCACAGUAGAUAGGGAUUACGUGUUUAUUAUGCCGGGAAAUUUACACGAAGAAUUUCACGACGGUUAUACGCUCGCGACGGAGAGUAUACAUAUAUAUUUAUAUAUAGGAAGGGUAUAACAUUUGCCGGAUUUCUAUUUCCUUCCGGUUAGCAGGAGCUUCCGGCAAAGUUCACCUCACUAAACCCUGUCUGUUCCAAACAUUUAUAUAUAUAUGCAUGUACUAUGUAUCGAGCCGUGUGUUGACUUUUAAAAUUACUAAACUUCGUAAUAGAGCGUGAUGAUGGAGACUUUGGCAUGAAAUGCAGUUGACAUCUUCGAUGUAAUUUUAUCAUUACGCUUAUGCGAUACGCGUAUAAUAAUAUUUUAUAGCUUUUAUAAAUAUACAUAUACAUAUACAUGCGCAUUGGAAGUGUUUACGUGUCCGUGUAUUAUCUCAUUUUAUUACCUACAGAUUAUAACGUCGUGUGUGCACGCGUAAAAUGUGCAGUAUAUUUCGUGAAAUACACCGAAUAAUGUUUUUUUUUUUUAUUCUUUUCGGCCGUAUCUUUAAAAAAAUAAUCGAAAUAUUAAAUUACUAUUUAAUGCUCUCGCUUUUGCACAGUAACGAUAUUAUAAUAACGACGUGUAAUUUCCAAAGAGGAUCGCAAAGUACGAUACUGUUACUAUAAUACAUUACUAUCCGUACGCUUAAUAAUUUCGUCGUUAUACGACCGUAUAUAAUAAUUUAUUUGUCAUCACACCGUGUACAAUGUUAAAUACUUUAGCGCCUAUAAUUUAUAAUGUUCGUCGAUAAAACCAUUGGCAUAUAAGUACAAUAGUUUUAGUAACACAAUAAUUUAUCCGGUAUUAAUUAUUUAUUUAUUUGUAAUAUUUUUUUUAUUUUUUUUUCAGAGAUUGGAAUGGCACUCGACCGAUGUCGAUUACAAAAUGUGUUUAGUCAAAGGCAAAGACGAGGUAAGACAAUAUGAUUGUAAUAUAAUACAUUAUACGGUUAUGAUUCGACGUCGGACAUUAACAAAUUAAAAAGUUCAGAGUCACGUUAACUUACUACUUAUUGUAGCGUAAAACCCCAUUGAUUUUCGUGUUAAAUUAAUUUUGCACAAUAAGUUUAUUUUUCGUUUACAUUUAGAUGAUAAAUUGUUAGGUGAUUUUGAAUUACGCGUUAUGUUAGUUUAAAUUUUUUUUAAAUUUUAACACGAUAUUAAAAUUACAAUAUUUUCAUUAUCUAUCGUGUGCAUAUUAUAUAUUAUGUAGUUAUUUUUUCUUUACAUUAAAUAACGUCCGAGUAAAAAUUAGUAUAAUUCGAUACUUCCUAUAUGCUUAUCCUGUGUAUAUACUUAAACAUUAAUAGUUCCUAAUUCUAAAAACAUCACAAACUAUAGGUUUAAUCAAUUUUACUACAUACGCUAAUAACUAUUAUUAGAAAUAAAAAAAACAUGAUAAUAAUCAUAAAAAGUUGAUUCAAUUUUUAAAUUAACUUUGACUUAGCUAAUUUUAAUUUAACUUAAAUCAAUGGUAAAAAAUUACCGAAUUAAUAAAAAAAAAUUACUUUAAACUCGUUAAUUUCUUUACAAUGAACUUAACUGAGUUUAGUGAUUUUUAUUCAUCAACUUCCCCAGCCUUUACUUUUUAUGACCGUUUCACUUGUAUUCGUUAGAAUUUCUCAUAAUGUUUAUCGAGUUAUACGGUUUGUCAUUUAACAAAUAAUACUGUUUACGAUGUUUAUUUCGAUUAGGUGUGGAAUUAUUAUGAUUAAGUAUUGUAUAAUAAUAGCAAUACUAUUAAGUUUAAAUAGCCUCGGAACAAACGCAACAAUAUAAAAAAAUUAUUUUUAUACUACUUGUAUAAACGUUUUAAAACGUCAUGUUUAAACGAUUUCUAACAUAUGUUUAGACACAUUAUAUCUCCCUUGCGUUAGUCUGUCCGUAGUUAUCAGUAUAAAGUUACGGUUGUUGAUUCGGUUAAAAAGGAUAUAUUUCUAUAUAUUUUUCGUAAAAUUAUUAUUAUUAUUAAUUUAAAUGUAAAUUCGUUGUAAAGUUUAUUGUUCAAAUAACGUUUCGAAACCGGGAACCUGACUUGCUCGUAGAUUGGGUUUUCCUAACAUGUUUUUUUUUUUUAAUUUUUAAGCGAUAAUAUUUAAUUUCCAUAAGCUUUAUUGAAUUGAAAAUAAAGAUGUUGGACUCGUUUGUCUUAAAUUUGAUUUUCUUUAUUCUGACGUGUACAGUGUGAUAUCCGAAACCAUUUUAUUAAACAAACAACGUGGCUUUUAUACCGGAGUAUUGAAUUUAUCCAGUAAUGGAAUCAUAAACAAGCGGGAUGGAGGGAAAUGAUGAUAAUAAUAAUAAUAAUAGGAUAUCAGUUAUCAGACUAGAAAGCAAAAUGGGUAAUGGAUUUACACAAUAAUAUUAUAAUGCUUCAAUGCAGUUAUUUUAGAUUAUUAAUUUUCUUUUCGUAUUAUGCUUUCACGAUGCAAAUCAGAAUUUGAUAUUUUUACAUUAUUACGAUGGAAAUAAUAUAUAACCUUAUACUGUUUUUAACUAUGAAAAAAAAAAAAAAAAAUUCAGUAUAAUAUGUUACCUACCUUAUAGUACCUCUAAUUUUUUUUUCUCAUUUUUUUUAAAAAUUUAUUAAAUAAAUUAAAUUUUUAAAAUAUAUUAUAAAUCACGAUUCCGUGGCAACCGUUAUUUUAUAAAUAUAUAUUUUUUUAAUAUUAUUAAAAUGAAAAAAAUAUGGAAAAAUAAAACAUUUUAUCAAUGAUUUCGUCGUAAAAACAAUAUUUUUUAUACCUUGAUAAAAUAUAUUUUUCUAUCUGGGUAAAGGGAAACCUUGCGGAAUAUUUUCAUGCCAGCCGAGUAUGAAUGUAUUGUAAAGCGCAUAGCUAGGGAUUCGCUUAUUCGAAAUUAUAUUAGAAGUAAUGAAAAGGAUAAUAUAUAUUUAUGUAUAGGCGGGUUAUAGACUUGUUGGCAUUCAAAAUGGGCUAGUAAAAUAAUCGGUGAUAGAGUAGAAUUCGUAUGGAAAAUCUCAUCUGGGAAGACUAAAUACGACCUAGAUAAAAGAAAAAGGAAAUAAAAUAAAAAUAUAAUAUGGAAUUACUCGGUGGACGUUUGUACCUACUUGAUAAAAAUUUACAUGAUACGGGGUACAUUAUAUUCUGAAUGACUUUAAAACAGAAAUAAUAAAAAAUAUUAAAAUAUUAUUUAAACGUGUGUAGAGUAUGUGAGAGAUUAAUGAAAAAUCUCAAGGGUACUUAAUUGUUCGAUCGAUUUAUAUUUGUAAAUGAAUCUUGUUACAUUUAGUGUGGUUUUACUGUUUGGCGAUUUUGAAGUUUUUGUCUAAAUCAAUAUCGUUUGGUUUGAGCCGUUUUAAAAAGUUUCAGCGUCCUUAUAUAUUGUCAUAAUAAUAAUUCACUAGAAUUUUUCGCGCGUAAUUUAUUGCACAGUGACGUAUUAUACGAAAUAUAUACGAGGUUAUUAGUCUCGCGGAGACGUCCCGACCGGGGAACAUGUCAAAAACUGUUCCGUCGAUUCGUCUAGACAUUUUGGUCACAGUUUUUUUUUUUUUUUUUUUCCACUUGCAUUUCUUUGCUUUACUAGCUUUGUUAUCAUUAAACGAGCGGUUAUGUGCCACUGAAUAUGGCGGUGUCAUCUCCGGGCACUGUCGAUCAAUCAACAUAUUAUUAUUAUUAUUAUUAUACUUAAAAAGUAUACGCCCCCAUCACGGGCCCCCUUACUAUACUUCAAUGAGCAUUUUUAACGGCGCCGGGAGAGUGAUAGUUUUUUUUUUUUUUUUUAGAGUUUAAUAAGACGUAAUAUUGAGCUUUUCCCCGGGACAGGAAGGAGGCUUAUAUACUGUGAAGCGUGAUGAAAGAGUACGGAGGAUGUCAUCUAUCACGAGUGUCUCGAACAUGAUCAUUAUAUAUAUAUAUAUAUAUAUUAUAUACCUGUGACUCGAACUGAUAUUAUUUUUCACGACUUUUAUAUAUUAUAUACUUAUGUCUGUAUUUUUUUUUUAUUUUUUAAUUUUUUUUUCUUGUCGCUCAAUCAUUUAAAAAAAUUAUAAAAAUUAUUUUCGACGAUGCCUACGAUAUGAUAAAUUAUCGGAACUGAUUUCAAUCCGUUCGAGAUUUGAUCGUGGCACUUGAUAUUGGACAACUAUGCGUAUACUCGUGUGCACCUAAUCAAUUUACACGCAAUAUAAUAUAACGGUCGAUCGAUUCCCGUAUAAAAAUGUGUGUUAUUUAAAUAUUAUUUUGUACAGACUAGAAGAGAAAUUUACAUUUCACAAUUAGUUUUCUACGAAUUAUAAUAUUAUUACUUUCCUAGCCGUUUUCGCCCUUUUUAUUAUGAAUAUAUUAUUGUUGCAUUAUAUAGAAUAAUAAUAACUCACUCUUGUACCCCUUACUCUUGAAAGUAUUAAUAUUAUUUUGUCGAAAAUGAAAAUAUUUUCGAUAUUGUUUUCGAAACGUUUAUUCCAUAAAAUUAAUUCAUAAUUAUUAAACAAUAACGAAGUAGAUUUUGUUGAUCCCUCAAAAUUAUUUAUUAAUAAUUUUCAAUUUUACAGGUAAGUUAUUAUUGAAAUAUUCAAAUGGCAGGAAUAAAUUUUAAUGAAAACUAAUUAACUGUACUUUCAUUCGCAUCGCAGCUCUUUUUUAUACCGAUUUAUCGUCGUUUCCAGUUCGUAUAAAAAUUAAAUCUCUCUUAUCCGUCGCGUUCAUAUUUCUAACCAUUGUAGGUGGGUAAGUCACCGUUGUCAGUGUUUACGUUUAUUUUUUUUUUUUUCAAUAUUAAUAUUUCCGUGUUUUAUAUACAUGUAGUACUAUCAUAUAUUCAUGUGGAAUAAUUAUAUGGAAUAUUAAUUGUGAUAAUAUAUUACAACAUCUGAAAACAGUGAUAACGCGGCGUGGUGGAUAGGCAAAUGCGGUACUAACUUGCGUGCGUGUACAAUGAAAUCUUUUUUUUUUGUAGAUUAAUUAUACUGAUAAAUACAAUAAUGUUUUAAUCAUUUAAAUUUGCAGUAAAGUCGAGCAUGACGGUUUUGGCGUUUUUGGUGUUCGUUAAAAAAUAAAUGAUUUCAUUAAAAAUCGAAUAGCUUUUUAAUUUCAAUGAUAGAUUGUGAGUGCUAGCUGUACUAGAGCCGCUAAAUUGUAUAUCAAAUAUUCAUAUUAUCAUUAUUAUUAUACAGUCGUCGUCGAUAGAGAAACCUGACGUCUAGUGAAAUUGAAUUAUUUCAAUCAAAUAAUAAUAAUGGUUGUGCAAAAUAUGAUAUCUCAUAUAAAUUGCAUAUAUUAUUUGUGAUGAUAUUACAUUAUUAUUUCUUAAUGAGUUCAUUUUUUUUUUUGUUAUUUUAGAUACACUUUAACCGAGAUUAUCGAACUAAUUAUAGUCUUACAAAAAACGUGGUUUACUUUUCUUUUUGUUAUUAUUAUUAUUAUAAGUAUUUAUGUUCUUAUUUGAAAAUCUUUUUAUUUAUUUCUAUUGGUAAAAAAUACAAAUUCAAAUGCAAAUUACUAGUUAAUAUUAGAUUAUUUAAGAUUCUGAGUGUGUAGCGAAAGAGCUAUUAAAUUUAUUAGUUUUACAAGUGUGAUGCAUUUUGUUCACUUAAAAGUUUUUUUCGAUUGAUAAUAAUAUUCUAUUUUAUUUCACAUAGUAAUCUUAAAAGAAACGUAGUUAUAAAUUCCGAACAGUUUUUAUGAAAAAGUAAAAUUAAAUGUCGUAAAAUUUCGGGUUUUAUUUGUGUUAAUUUACUUACGUUAACCUGUUUACACAGUAUAAUAGUUGGUACUCGGGGACGGGUGCUGCCACUGUUAUAGGUGAUUAGUUGGGAUGGUUGUAUACAUAAAAUAAUUAAUUUUAUACCUGUAACCAACGAUAAACCAUUGCUAACGAAAAGCGAUUCGGAGCGAUGACUGAAAUAAAUAAUCGUAUGGAAUUAGACCAUUUUCGAUUCUUUAAGUCUAACAUGCACAUAACAGAAUUAAAUACGAUUUUUAAGUAUAUUUAAAAAGUAAUUGAUGAAGUCACAGAAACACUGAUAAGCAUAUUUGUAUAAAAUUGUUAAAGAAAAAGAGUAAAUCUUUUGCGUAAUGCACCUAGUAUACACUGUUAAUAAUAAUGCCGAGAAAAAUAACUGCAGAAACAAUGAACCAGAGCUCCGUAUAGUUUUCUCUGUUAUAAUAAUAUAUUAGCAUUGUCAUUUGUAAAGAAAAACGCCUUUGCCGUAGUCAGUGCCGCACACUCAGACACAUUACGAGGGUUAUUUGCAUUAGGUUUUCUGAUAAAAUUGUUUAUCGCCUUAUCCGAUGGUAGAAUUUAUAUACUGUUGGUAAAGAGAAGCAUGAAUAGACGAAGAGAGAGGGGAAAGCCGAUAAGGAAAAAAGUCCCAUUUUCCCCUCCUAAAAUAAAAAAAAAAAAAAAAUGAAGGGAUUAUUUUCUUUUUCUACACUACGUAUAUACCAUUUGCUCUUUCUGUUCUUUAAUCAUUUUUUCUCCGCUUUUCCGUCCACCAGAGCAGAAGAAAACGAUACACUUGAUAAAUUAUACUAACAACCAGCAGCAAGAAUUUUAAUCUUGAUUGUAAUAUUACAUUUUUUUUUUUUUUUUUUUUUUUCAUUUUAGUACCUACUGAACGAAUUACUUUAUUUGCAUAUAAACGAACACGUUUUACUAAACAAUAUUAUAUUAUAACUCUGUAUAACGAUAUAAUAUAAAUCAUUUUUAAUAUUAUUGUAACUGUCGUUGAUAACCCGUUUUAUAUUUGCUUUUUGAUGAUAUUUAAGACUUAACUUAGGAUGAUUUUUAUAUUUUCGCUGUUAAAUAAAAUUAUUUCAAUUAAAUUUUGAUAUAUUAACGUAGAAUAAUAUAUCAUUGUUAUUAAUAAUUUUGUUGUUUUUUUUUUUCAUUCUGAAUAAAAUAUAAAAUGUAUAGAAAAAGAGAAUUUUUUUCUAUAUUAUUAAUACAAUUUAAUUCAGUCUUCCCGUUUAUUUUUUUUUUUUUUUUGGUAUACAAAAUAUUUUUGUUUUCUGUAUACGCAAACAAUUAUUUAUAUUUUUUAUAGUCGAUUUUAUUUUUUUAUUUUUUAGUUCAGUAUUUCAAUUAUGAUCAUAGAUCACCAUUCACUAUACAUAUAUAUAUUUAUAUGUAUAUUCAUUUUUUUUCAAGAAUGAGAGACAGUUUGAUUUAUAUAACAAUGUAGUUUUUACUAAUUAACUAUCGAUUUUCAAAAUAUUUUAUGGUUUUUUUUUUCUUCACAACCACGAUUAGACUUUCAGCUAUCCAAUUUAAGUUUCUCCAUCUUUCCCCGUAACAGUAAUACAUAUAUUUAUUAUUUUUGAUCUCUUCCGUCAGAACUGAGCGUCUACCAUAAGUUCUCCGGCUCUAUUUUCAUCCGUCUCUUAACUGGACUCCUGUAGUCUUCCUGUGCUACUCAUCUCUACAACUCUUUGCUCGUUGCCCUGUUCAGCCCGUCAUCCGUUCGCCAUACGGACCCAGCCUAUUAUGCCUUUAAUCGGACUUCAUUUUCCCUUUUGUAUAUUUCGUUAACCCGCAUGGAGUUCAAUCUUGCUUUAAAUGUUUGUGCUUUUAUAAAAUAAAAUGAUAAUAAUAUUAUUAGUUCGCCGUACUUAAUAUUUUAAAUUACUAAUACAUAUAAUAUAAUAAUAAUAAUGUUAACUACAUGGAAUGCAAUUAGUCACAGUUGCAAAAACAGUAUUAGUCUCUGUUUUUGUAAAGGUACCCGUUUUCUUUUGUUUUUAAAGAAAUCUGUUUUUAAUUUUGUUAUUUUUGAAUCCCUUGCCCUCGGACACGUAACAAAAAAAUAAAACAAUACAAAAUCAUAGCGACAAGGAACACGCCUCGGGGGAGUCGUUUUGAGAUUUGUUUCAUGCACGUUCUCUCAUUAUUUUUUCUUCAGCCCGUUUGAGCAUUUAUGAUUGCAAUGCAUAUAAAAAUACUAAUCAAUAAUAAUAACAAAAAUCGUAAAUAUCAUAAAAGAAAACUCGUCUAUAUUCGUUUAACAAAAUGAUCUUACCGACACCAGCUAUAUAAUAUAUAUAUAUUGUAUGCAUGUUAUGAAUUGAUGAGGUAAAAUUAUUAUGUAGAACCUACUUGGGAUAAAAUAGGCCUAAAUAAUCCGUAUUUAUUCCGUGCUGACUGAAUAUAAACCAGAUAGUAUGAAAAUGACUAACAUAAGAUUCGUUUUAUCACGUUCAGAUUAUAUUCCUUUGCCAAAAUGUUUUCAACUUAUUCAUACUGCAGUUAUUACUAUACAAGUAGUUCAAAAAUACAAUACAACGAUUAAAUUAAAACUUGUUCGAAAAUAAAACUAAAUCCAAAGAGUAAGUUGAUUAAAUCUAUAUAAUAAACAAAAAAAAAAAAAAGAAUAAUAAUAUUAUACAAAACUAAGUUUAUCAAAGAAUAUUAUUACGAGAUGACGAGUUAUAAAGACUACUUUAAAAUUUACUUAGGUAGGUAGUAUUGCAAUAUUAUUUUUUUUUGUUUUAAAUUGAAUAUUAUAAAAAAUUGUUUAAACUAUAGUACUUUUAUUAUACUUCAACAAAUACAUAUUUAUUCCGAUGAACUUUAGACUAUAAUUAACUAAUUGUGAAAUUUGGUUUCUUUUUACUUUCCAACGAAUGAAAUAUGAUUAAUAUAAUUGUGAGACGUAAGUUUCAGAAUAAAUUAAAUAACACAAUUAUAUUAUCAUAUAUUACAUAUAACUUAACAUACAAAAGUCUUGGUAAAAACGUUUUUGUAAGUUUUAUUAAUUUUUCAAAUGUACCUUUAAAAACCAUACAAGUAUUAUAUUAUAUUAUUCGUCCUUUGUAUAGUUCACUUAAAAUGCCUAAUUACCUCAUUUCAUGUUUAUUCACUUAGUAAUCGCUUUAGAAUAUAAUAUUCGUAUGAUGUAGGCAUUGGUUUUAUUGUUUUUUUUUUGUAUAAAUUGCUCAAGUAUCAAGCCAAGGCAUAAUUUGUACAUUUGUUUCUUAUUGAACUAUUGAACACACAACUUAUGUAUUUAUAUAUUUUAAUACUUUUUUUAGUUAUUUUUAAUUUUGAAACGUACUUUCUUUAUUUUUGUUAGGUGUAUUAAAUUGAGUUUUAUAAACAUUUUUAGAAAAAAAAAAAUUAAAAGAAAAUGUGAAAUAAAAAUGAAAACUCGUUCCCGCCGAAUAAAAGAAAAAAACCUGAUACCUACCAGAUUAGCGCACGUGAAAUAUAAAAGUUAUAAAAAGGCAUUUGAGUUUAUAAUGAAUUAUAAUAAUUAGUUUUAUACAUAUAUAUAUAUAUAUAUAUAUAUAUAUUUAUACGUAAUAUUUUUUAAGAAAUUCUAGAAUUAUUACUAGAACUUUUAUAAUGUAGCUGUGCCUGUUAUAGAAUUAUUACCUUUCAUGUAUACUAUUGUGCUCGUUUACUACUCUACCCUUUUAUGUAAAGAGGAACGGAGAGGUAAUUUUUUUCUUCUGAAAAUUCAACUUUGCCAAAAGAAAGAAUCUAUUAUUGUUUUACAAAACGCACGUCAACUUAACGGUAAAAUGCAUUUCACUUUGCAAUAUUCACCUAAGAAUAUUUCAAUUUUAUAUUUAGGGGUGCUUCCAAGAGAGAGUUCUGAGUUCUGAUUUCUGGAACUAUAAACGGCUGGAAAAUCGAUAGCAUUUUCUCAUUUUAAAAACUUAAUUACAGAUUCUAAAUAAAUUAUUAUACAAAUUAAAUCUAAUAUAGGCAAAUAAAAAUAAAUGUUAAACUAAUUCGGUUCUAUGAAAAAUAUGUUAUUUCAUUAUUUAUAUAAACUCGUGUUUGUGUGCACACUUCUUUCGAUAAUAGAAUGAAUACCCAUUGCAUAGAUUCGAAAUAAGACAUUUUUUUUUUUUUUUAAAUCUAUUUACAUACAAAUUCGAAUCAAACGCAAUUUUCUUCAGUAUAGUAUGUACCAACACAAUACUUGCAGACUAUGAAUAUUAUAGUAUACCAUAUUAUCAGAACUCGGCUGUAUCGACCUUUUUCACGUAUAUUAUCGUUCAAUGUUAUUUAAUAAAGGUAGUAGAAGUUUGACGAAAGAUUUAGAUAUUUUCAGAGUUUGAGCGAAUUAUUUAACUGUAUUAGUAUUACUUCAACGUUUGUUUUUUUUUGUUCUGUCUGUGAUCAAGAUUUUAACUAGGAGUCUUGCUUUAAUUAUCAACUCUGAAGUUAUUUUCUAAAAGAAAAUUUUUUCUAGUUACGACAUUAAACGGGCCUUUUUUUUUUCUUGUAGUUAUCUUAAUACUUGGGAAAACGUUUGGAAAAUAGGUAUAUGUGUUGUUUAAUUUCUGUUGAUUUCUGGGUUUUCUUGACAACGAGUGGAAAAAAACAAUAUUAUUCCUCUCAGAAUUUGUUUUUCAUUUGUAAUAAUUUCUCGGUGUGUACAGUUUGUUACAAACUAAAUUACCUUCCCAAUUGCUCAUAUGCAACCGUUUUGAAAAAAAAACCAACUGUGAUAACAAUAUACAAUAUCAACUUGUUUAACAUUUGUUUAAAAUGAAAUUUGAUAUGGGAGCAAAAGUUUGUUGUUGCCAUCUUAUCGACCAUGUACAUUACUUUCCGAAUUGAACGUUAAUUUUAAUUGCAUCUUAGCUGACGCGCCAGUACUAACGAUUUUCCUUCGUCUUCUACCCUAGACAUUUUUGAGCUUCAUUUAGUUUUCCUUACGAGCACCACUAAAAGAAUAAACACUUUUAUACUCAUUAUGUAAAUAAUCAAUUUUAUUUUUGUUUGAUACUUACAGUGUUUGGCUUUUUUUUUUGUCUGUGUGUAAUUGCUCGAAAAAAAUCUUAUCAUAAUAAUAUAUACGUUAAAGUUAACACUAAUUAAAUUAAAUUUACACUAACAUUAACAUUAUAGUCAUAAUAAAUGACAGCGUUAUUAUUUUUUCUAAUCGCGAAUUUGACAUAUUAUUGAUGAUGCGAAUAACGCGCAUACAGAUAAAUAACUAAUUAUAUCUAAUAUAAUUUUUACUUGAUAUAGAAUGUAAUUUUGAAAUAAUUGUGUGUCAAUGAAUUUUUUAUUAUAAUUGGAUCAGGUUUUUUUUUCUGGGGUACAAAAUCAGCUUCAGAAAUUAUCCCGUCAAAUAUCCAGGUUAAAUAUGUAGUAUCCGAUAGCGAUGUAGACAAAAUUUCCCAAUGAUUACGAAGGAAAAAAAAUUAAAUCGAAAUUGCAUGUUUGUUUGUUCACAUUAAUUUUCUAUUAGAUUGUAAUACUACAUACAUAUACACUAUAAAUUAAUAUAAACAUGAAAUACUUAUGGUAACAAAUAUUUACCCACUACAUUGCUGCUAUCUGAUGUCUGUGCUUUCCAAUCUACUUUACGAAUUUCCAAAUUGUGCUCAGAUCUUCUCCCUUUCCAGUACGAAGUAAUGAAUUUUGGCUUCUCCGUAAUUUUAUUGUAAUUUCUUAUAUCCGAUGACUUUUUCGAUAUUCGGUUUCUGGUGAUACUAGUUUUUCGUACUUUCUUUUAAUCAGUUUAUCACUAUUUGUAUGGUUUACAUUUUGUCAUUAGUUUAUAUCUAUGUUGAUGUGAAUUUUCGUUUGUGCAUUUAUUAAAUGUUUGUUUUAUAUUUUGAACGGAUCGUGAAAGUUUUAUUAGGUUUUUUUAUGUUAGACAUGUUUCUCCCCCCCCCCCUUCCAUUGAAAAAAUUUUAGGUUAGUAUAAAUAAUAAAAUACUUGUAUAUCAUGCGUAUAUUGUUAAAGUAUACGGGUUCCCCAUCCAGUGUUACUAGGAAUUCUCUUUUUAGAUUUUUAACAGAUUGUCCAAAAAAUCAGUAUUAGAAUAUGAUGAAAAAUGACGGUACUGAUGUUCCGAGACAAAUUUUGCGUUAGAAUGCCAGAGAUGAUUUAAAAUUUUGAAUUGUCAUGCGUAUUUACGAGUGACAUGUUUUUUUGUUUAAAACCAUUAUAUUUGCAAUUUAUUCAAAAUUCAAUAAAUGAGGACCUGCAACAUUAUUCGUGUGUCUCGCCAAAUAUUUGAUUUAGAAUUCGAGCGAAUAUGUUUAUACUGUGCGACAACGGUCAUUUAAUAAUACUGGAACAACAAUUAUUUUCCUAUAAUAUAUACCGUUCGAUAUUAUUCCGAACAAUAAUUUUGCCAAAUUCUAUACAUAACGACAUUAUUAAUUGUGAUGGGUUUACGGAUAUGUAUAGAUCCGUCGCAGCUGCUGUUUGAUGUGCUAUCAAUUUAACCAAUUCCUAUGAAAAUAAUAAAUAACUGUGCAAUUGAUAAAUUAUUAAUUUUAAUGUAAACUCAUUAUCAUAUUGCGUAUGAUUUCUGUACUGAAAUAUUAUAAAGACACGCGAAUUAUUUUACACGUUUAUUUAUUAUACAUUAUAUUAUUAUACGAAACAAUAUUUUGUUUGGCGGUCUUUUGAUAUUGCGUAUGCCCCCUUGCCUUUUUUUUUCGACUUAUCUGUUAUUAUUAAUUGUUAAAAAAUGAAAAUUGACAUUUUUGUGUGUGUGGGCGACGGUGGUAGCCUCUAUUGUCUAAGACGUUCGGUAUAAUAUAAUAUUAUGAGUAAGGUGAGGACAAAUUACAUGAGAUAGAAAGUUUUGGGUUAAAUGUUCGUAAAACUAGGGUUCCGCUGUCAGAAAAUAGCCGAGACGUCAUCAAUAAAUUUCAGCCGCACAUAACACCAUCAAUCACCUACCCCCCUGGAAAACCAGACGUGACCAGAAAAUCUGCCGCCCUCUCUGCGCCCGCAAGGAGGAAAAGAGAGCAAGGGGAGGGGAAAAGAAAGGUUGGUUUGCGGGUAGGAUAGGGAAAAAAAAAACUGAAGACGAAGGUUGUACGCCGCGUACGGUAUAAGAAAAGUGUGCACGAAGAAGGCCUUGCUGCAAACGACAGAACUGUACGCCGCUGAUGAAUCGUUACGACUGCUCGUGUUGACUUGUCGUCAAAUAUAACAAAUAAGUGUAGGAAUUAGCAAUAUCGGUUUGAACGCUGUUGCAGCACAACGUCCGCCGGGUGUAUAAAAACGAAAAAUUUGUCCGAUUUGACCAUGAAAUCGUACAUUCGUAAAAUUAAACAAUAUCGAUUUAUGUCAAACAUAAUUGCUCACCGAGUUGACGCGUGAACACGUGGGUUUAAUUCGAUAUUUUUUAAAAAUUAACCGUCAUACCUAAUAGAAUUGCAAUAUUCUCAGUUUGUAUACUCACCGAUGACGAGCACCGAGAGUGUACGAUUAAUCGAUUACUUUUAAAUUUUCCCACAAAAUUAAAUACGUCAUUUUCGUAAUUAUUUACUGUGAUAUUAUUGUUUCUGUGUUUUACAUCGUGGAUUAUUGUGUUUUCAGGACAAUUGCCAAAAUUACAUCAGAGUGCUGGCAAAAAUGUCGGGUGGCCGUCUUCUCGUAUGCGGUACGAAUUCGUACAAACCUCUGUGUCGGGAAUACGCUAUUGAGGUACGGUUCGCUCGUCUGAUAAUAAUAUAUUAGCAUACCUAUAACCAUUAAAGUAACAAUGUAUAGUAAAAAAAACAUAAAAAAAACUCAUCGUAAACGUUUAUAUAUUGUUUUUAGCCCGGCAACUAUGUGUUAAACAAAGAGAGUCCUGGCCAAGCGGUGUGUCCGUACGAUCCAAAACACAAUAGUACUUACGCGUAUGUCGGUAAGUGUUUUCAAAAAACGAUUAUACUUCGAGGAUCAAACGCGUGAAAUUCUCACGUUUUUGUCGUUUUUAUUCGUAUAUCUGUAUACGUUCUAACGUAUUUUUUAACCCGAAAAUAUAGUAACAAUCAUGGCUGGAAUUUCGGUGCUAAUGUUUUUUAUUUUUCUGGCGUUUUGAUAUAGAAAUAACUUCGUAUCACGUUAAAUAUUCCGUACUCAAAAUAUUUUUCUACGCGUUUAAGACAUUUUAGAUUCUGAACGUAAGCAAAAAAUACAUUGGCUUCAUUAUAACAAGUGUUUAAUUUUCGUUUUUAAAAAACUUAGGAAAUACGAGCAAUGAUGACGAAUCGAAGAAUAAAAAAAAAUUUUGGUUGAGAUUUCAUUGCUAAUGUUUUAGUUGGUAUAUAUUGAAAAAUGGAAUAUAUAACGUAUUGUUUUUUUUUAAAUUUUUCGACAGGUUUAAUAAAAUUUUUUAUAUUUUCAGGACGUUGUUUUAGACCAUUUUUCGUAGUUUUAAUUUUAUUCAUUUCUUUUUACAUUUUUUUUAUUUUUUGCUUAUCAAAACACAAAUACGUUUAUAAUAUUUUUAAUUUGUAUUUACGUCAUUUUAUUUAUUUAUCCUAACAAUAUUAAAGAGGGCGCAUAAAGAGAGUUGUUUCUAUACAUUUAAUAUGGAAUUGUACUUUUUUGUUAUUCAAGUCUAUUCAAUUCCCGAAGUGUUUUGUUCCCUCCUCGUUUCGUAUUACACGCAAACAAUAACAAUUAUUGUUUUCCUUUUAAAUAAUAAAAACGACCGAGAUCCGAUGUUAAGGAAUUAAAACAAAAUAUUGUCGUGUUUUAUUAAAUAAUAAUUGUAAUUUUUUCUACCGAAAUAGAUAUACGCUGCCGAUAUUACAAAUUAACAACAUUACUGAGAGUUUAAAAUAUACACGUAUAGAAUAUCAUUAAUUUUUUUUUUCAAAUUAUUUUUAUAUUCUCUUAAAGGCAUAAAUAAUAAUUGUGUACACUUAGGUACCUAUACUUUUUUGUUUUUACAACUUUAUAUAGUUUCGCAUUUGGUUGUACGUUUGUUUUGUUAUUUUUUUUUUGCAGAUGGAAAUUUAUUUUCCGCCACGGUGGCCGAUUUUUCCAGUAUGGACCCGAUAAUUUACAAAGAACAACUACAGACGGAACAAUAUGAUUCGCUGAGCCUGAAUGGUAAAAUCGAUAUUCCGCUUUCUUUUACUCUCAUUAAAAAAAAAAAAAAAAUGUAUAUAAUGUAUAAGUAUAUAUUUCGUUUAUAAUAUAUACAGAUAUACCUAUACAUAUUUAUAUUAUUUAUUAUUUUAUAUUUAUACAAUAUAUAUAUAUAUAUAUCUAUUGUAUACAAUAAAUGCGCGUGCUUGUGUUUGUACCGUAUACAUUCAAGUGUCGAACAAAUAACAAGGACGCAGUAUCUCUUAAUUUCGUACGACACUGACAAAUUGUCUUUUUUUUUUUUUUUCUGUUUUUAUUUUUUUCCAGCUCCGCAUUUCGUACAUUCCUUCGCCCAUGGCGAUUUCGUCUACUUCUUCUUCAGAGAAACGGCUGUCGAAUAUAUAAACUGCGGAAAAGUGAGUUAUUACUAUCUUUCUCUCUCUCUCUCUCAUUCUCUCUCUCUCUCUCAUUCUCUCUCUCUCUCUAUAUAUAUAUAUAUUUCUCCCUUUUCCAUACAUUAAGUCUAAACGCGUUGAAUCCCGGUAAUACUGACCCAUGAAAUGGCAUUUUUCCCCCCCCGCGCCGAAGUCGAUUCGAUUUUCAUGACAAAUUACGUCGAACACACGUGCCAGAUGUUUAUCAACUUUAUGCCGGAGUUACCGCCGCCUCCGCGCUAUUCCGAUCACUAUAUACGCGAUAUUAUAUUAUACGAGAACAAUACACGCGCUUAUGGAAGCUUAUUGCACGGACGGCUCGCGUAUAUUAUAGAAAAAUCUCCGAGAUUUUACACCGGGGCAUAUACCUAUUUACGCGUAAUUGCGUGCCUACGUACACCUACCCGCCCGCACGUGUUCGUAGAUUCGUUCGUUCGGCGUGCGCAAUCAUCGUCUCGCGUAAUAAUAUACGUAUACGCAUUUAGUUUAACGGCCGCGCUCUCAGUGGUCUUUAUUUUUUGUAGAUUUUGAACUCGGAAUAUAUUGGUUUUCCAAUGAUGUGCGCUUAUUUUCGGCGCCCGUUAAAAACGUUUCCUCCGGUAAUCUCGCCCCAAUCGAACAAUAACAAGAGAGCGUUUUUUUUUUCCGUAGAAUUUAAGAAUUUUAGAUCUAGUUCGUGAAUAUUAAGAAAGUCAUCAUUUCGUUUUUCCGGUAGUUUUCAUAAUGGUUGAGAAAAACCGUAUACAUGUACGUAGAAACGAAUUUCAUUGUUUUCGAUUUUUUCGAUCGUUUUUACCGUAAAUUUUAUACAGAUUUUAAAGUGCUACAUCAUUUUUGGAAAAAAAAAACAAAAUUCCUUUAGUAUGCUUUAAAUUUUUUUAAUAAUUGGGAAAACCCGGGUAAAAACGUAUUAAAAUGUACGACAAUAAUUGUUUUAUUAUUUUAGAUCUUGUUUUUUUUUAUAUGCAUUCCUUUAAAAUUGUCAUAGAGACAUGAAGUGUUCACAGAAUACUUAAAUUGGUCUUUUCUAGAUAUAGAUCAAUUUUUAUAUCAUUCUAGUAAUUUACGAGCCAUUUAUAGGUAUUUUACAUUGUUAAGUUUACAAUUUUUAUUUUGAAUACAAUUAUAUUUACCAAACAGAAAUGUUUGAAAAUUUUACAUGACGUUCAUCAGGUAAGUUAUUAUGUAGUAGUAGUUCUUUUUUAUGAGCAUUUCCAGUUCGAAUUAUGUAUACUAUAAUAUUAUACUACCACGGUAUUGUAAAAGAUAAUUUAAUAAGAAAACAUUAUGUAAUAUGCUGCGGGGAGUUUGUGCUUGAAGUCAUGGAAAAUUACUAUAGCGAAUUUUGAAUUCAGUUUAGAUGUUUUAAAACGGGCGAAUUGGCACUUUAUCCUGGGCGUUUUCACGCAAACACGAUUUCGUCGUAAAUUCUGCAAAGGGUAUGAGUAAUUGACCGAGUGGAGUAGGCAUAUAGCGAUGAGUGACUCAAUGAAUCAGUCUUCCGGAGGCUAUGCGUCAUAUAAUAACGUACCGAUUUACCGAGGAAUGAAAUUCGAUGUUUGCAUUAUCGUACAGAAAGAAUCACAUUUGUGGACAUGCGAUUUCUUUUUUGAUUUUUCGUGUUUAUCGCAACGAAACGUUGCUAAUAUUACUCUUAUGCCUAUUCGCAAAUAACUACCAAUAUUAUAAAAAACGAUCAAUAAUUUGAAAUUAAUAAGCAUAAUAUAAUAUUAUUCAAUAAUUUACGUUUACCGCUCAAAGUACCCUAAAGAAAAACAAAAAAAAAAAAAAUAAGAAAAAAAAAAACUUUCAACGUAAUUCGGGUCAAUGCAGUAUUGGGGGUACGCCUGCUAUUAGACGAGCAUUUAAGAUGAAGCGUGUUGUCACUUUAAAUUUGAAAACGACGAUGAUAGAUUGCGUCGUCGUGGAAAAAACGGGCCUAAACCGAGUUAUUGAUAACUUGCGUGUUAAAACUUUAGAAGAAAUACAGAAAAAUCUGAAAAUUUCAGCGCACAUUCCAUCCAAACAUGAUGGAAUACUUGAAUUAAAUAUUAUAUAUGUACCCGUGUACAUUAAAACCUACGGAAGUACAUAUUUAUAUUUAAUAAAAUUAAAUAAUUUUUCAGAGUUUGAGUGGUGAGUGUAGCGAAAGUCCAUUCGUAUUAUUGUUACUAAAAUGUUUGUAAUUUUUUUCUGUCGGGAAUCACUUUUUUCGGAUUUUUUGAUGUCACGCAUUAAAAGAUAUACAUUUCUCGACUGGUGGUUUUUAUUUGUAAAAUUCAUCGAUAAUCGACGUGUUCACCCUUAAAGUUCCUUUUUUUUUUCUUUUUUUUAGUUAUUGUUGAUUUUUGAGUUACCCAGUUGGUGAUAAGAGAAAAAUCGCGGCGUCACUUACUACCCAGUUCAGAAUUAAUUUUUCGUUCAAAAUGAUUUGUAUAUUUGUUUAUAAUUUGCAUACAGCAGUAGCGGAUUUACGGAGGGGAUCCAGGAGAUCUGUAUCCACCGAGACACCGAUGAAAUUCCAAUAAAACGUUCAAAAAGAGGCAUUUAUUAGUACAGAGAUGCCUUUUACCAAAAUAUAUAUAAUUUAUCAGGACACCUCUCAGAAAAAUGGUAAAAAUCCGCUAAUGGCAUGUAGUACAUAUAAACCAAACUAUAAACAUAAACAUGUGCAUUCGCUAUUUUUUCAACUUCUCAUCAACGACAGUAGUUCACUACGUCCAUGAAUGGUAUAUACUUUUAGAUUCAAUAGACUUUCAUCGGUUUCAUACUUUUUUAAAUUUUUUUACCGAAAUCUUAUUCCAAUUUUCAAGUGUAUUAUCUUUUCUGAAAGGAAAUUUUAUUUAGGUUUUUAUUAUUCAUUUUUUAAGCGGUUUUCAUAAUAAUUGUGAAAAAACAGAAAGAGAUGUAGGAAAAACUGGAAAAAUAAUUUUAAAUUUUGUUUUUUUUUUCCUUUUAUGGACAUUUAAAUUUUCUGAAUUUAUCACGUAAUUUUUAUUCGGUAGGUAGUACCUGUGGGUAAAAUUGUUAGACCAAACGUAAAUGGUUGAAAAUUAAACAGGAGAUUUACCAUAAGUCGUACUUUGCGAUCAGAAAACAAAAAUUAGUACAAAGCAGAUUUAUUUUUUAUAAUAAUUUUAAUAUCAAAUUUUGACGAAAAUCGUAAAUAUUACAUGUUUUGAAAACAUUUAUAACCGAAUUCCGCCCAAAAUCGUUUUUCUUUGACAAUGGGUAAUCGUUGCGUACAGAUACACAUACGAUUCCUCUCGGUAUCCUACCCAUCGUGCGAUGUAUAUAUGUAUGCCCGUUUUUUUUUUCGUUUAUAAUUUUAACGAUAUAUAACUAUUAUUAUUGGGUUUUGUUUUUAUUUAUUGAUCCGAACAAAAAAAAAAAAAAAAAAACAACACCCCGUUGUAUAUUUUAUUAUACUAGCUAACGCACUAUUUGGCGUUUCGAUUUUUCGAAAAAACCAAAACGCACGCCAUAUAAUCAAUACGUUACGAAUAAACAAACGCAACGCCGAAAAACCGACUAUUUAAUUAUUAUUUAACGGUACCACACGUUUUCACAUCGGUUCGCGGUAUUCGUUCGGUUCGGCUUUAUUUCGGUACGGACCCGGAAUAAUAAUAAUAAUAAUAAUAUUAUACUAAACCAAUAAUAUCGUCGAACCCUAACGUUUAAACUUAAUUCGGCAUAAACAUGUUAUUAUUAUUGUUACUAUUAUUAUUACUGUUACUCCCGUAUAACGUUGAUAUCCGGAUGCAGGUUUUUCUCUUCCUCGGCGUUUCGGCCCGGCGUAGAAUAUUAUUAUUUCGGUUCCGUCGCGAACCGCCAUUUUGUUUGUUGCGAACACAGUACUAUACGUACAAUAUACGUUAUGCGUUUUCCGUACAAAUAAAUCUCGUCGCCCCGCGACGUUUUAUCGUUUGGCGUUUUUCCCCCGUAUUUUCCCCUCAUUUCCCCCGCGUGUUUAAUGAGAAUCCGCUAUUUAAUCCGCUAAAAUUCGUUAAAAUAUACGACCGCGCGAUAUUGUUUAAUCGACAUUUUUUUUUUUUUUGUCACUUCAUUAUGUUGUCGCGUCCAAACUUAUCAAUUCAGUGUAAGCACAUUACGAAUCAUAAUGCUCACACGCAAAUAAUGCCACCUCCGGGACUACAAACGUGUAUUAGAAUAGUAAAACUGCAGCGGCUCUCUUUCAUAUAUGUUUAAUAUGCAGUUUAUAAACAAUAUUAUAUACACUGCGUAGUACCGUUUCUUUUGAAGUUUAUAACGAGUUUUUUCUCGGUCGAAUACAUUUCGUUUUUAAACACUAUUCGAAUUUAAGUUUAUCAUUAUCAAGUAUUCUCGCCCCCCCCCCCUCUUCUCUCUCAUCACCGCCGUACUCGCUUUGUCACGGUUUUCUCCGUACAACUGUUUAUGACGAUUCUUACUCUCCGGAUUAUUACAAACGCACAUAUUAACGCACGUUUAACUGCCACUUCGUCGGCUGAGAAUAUAUAAUAAUAAUAAUUUUAAUCGAAAUUAAAUUCUGUUAUAAACCGCGGUUACCACACUGCGCUCCUACAUAAUAUUUACGUAUUUACCGCGUGUAGCGUGACUCUUUUACUUGAUUUGCGAGAAACUCGCGUAUUGUAUACGUGAAUCGUUUGUAGCCGUGUUUGCAGUAAAAAAGAAACUGUUUUGUUCCUUUAUGAUACGAUUCGCACUUAAUAAUUGUAUAGCGCGUACCCUAUUAUAUUUCCUCCCGGAAAUUAUAAUUUGUUUAUUCAUUUUUAAAACUAGGUAUUAACAAAUAUCAUAUAUUACAUAACAAAACGUGUUCGUCUAUGGUUAGACGACCUCAUUUUCUCCCUCUUCCUCCUCUAUAGGGCUUAUUUUAUAUCAAAGAUAAAAUGUUUAAUUAAUCACUACAGCCGAUUUAAUGGUUGUUACCGAUAAUAUUAUGUACGACGGUAUGUCCGAUCAUUUUUCACGCGAAAUACGAGCAAUGGGUGUGUACGUCGUCUGGUCGAAUAUGCAGUUGUGGGCGGAAUGCAUUUUAUAAUUAAUGGGACCGCGCAAAGUUUUUAACAUGGAAAUAGCCUGCAAUUAUUAUUUGACGUUUUCGCCUUGUCCGAGAUACAAAUUUAUAUCAAAGUCGCCAUAGCGUAAUGCCCCGUAUUUUAUUUUUAAUAAUCAUUUUGAAAUGUUAAACCAUUAAAAAAAAGACGAAAAAUAGUAUAUUAUUUUGUAGUUAAAAAAAAAAAAAAAAAAAAAGAUAAAUACAAUUACCUACCAAUUAACAUUUGAAAUUAGUUCAAUAUUGUAAAUUCGUAGCGAUUUUCUUCUUCCUAGCAAUUAGCAUAUCACAACACUUCGAGAGAUUUUUGCCGCAACCGACAAUGCCAGUUCACUUCACCAGUUUCUGCAGGUCUUGUGUUACUCUUACGGCAUCAGUCUACAAUUUCUUUAUACGCUUUGUACGGGCUUUUAGAUUUAUUAAUUUGGGUCUUCUCGAAACAUGUCAAAAUCGUUGGUUUUUAUGUGCCUUCACAAAAAAUAUUAUUUUCGGUACUUCUGUAAUUUACCAGAUUUUAUUUUGUUUUUCUUCCUAAGAUUUUUCUUUCGUUUUCUAGCCUUAGAUAAUUUUUAGUAAUUUGUUUUUAAACGACAUUAUUUAAAAAAAUCUUUAUUUACUAAGUUAAAAUCUUAAAACAAUUGUAUAAAAGUGCACAUUAGUUCUUCUUAAGAAUAGUUUCGAUUGGCCGUACAUAGUAUAUGCACACAAUGCAUUUAAAUAUGCGGUUCAAAUAAUUCAGUAAACCGAUGGAUUCAAUGACUGUACAGAUAGUGUUGACUUUUUCAAAUUUUUCUCCUUGAACCGCUAAAUUAACGGAAUUAUUAUUAUUUGGUAAUAAUACCAAACUAUUCGUUUUGUUUUAAUCUACAAUCGGACUUUUGGAUUUAGCUUGUGACAGUCAAUGCGUUUUGGAUUAUACUUCCUUUAUCGUUACUGAUGAUUAUAACACUCAGGUCAUCUGUAAACCCUUUUGUAUCAAUUUUGCUUGUUCUGCACUCAAUACUAUUACAAACUCUUGGCACACUUGAUAUAAUUUUCUCCAGUGCGGUGUUAAAUAACGGUGGUGGAAGACGGCAUCUAGUUACUACUACUUGGAAUUCAUCUGAUAACGUAUUGUCAGCUCUCGCAUGGUAUUUGGAACCUCUUAUACACAUAGUUUUGUCAAAGAAAUGAGCUCACUACGGGAAAAUCAAUUUCAUUUAUUAUAAUGUCGUAUUCAUUAUCUGCCUUUUAGUUUAAUGUAAUUGAAAUUAAAUUUAAAUAGAAUUGUAAAAUUACUAUACGUUUUCAUCAAGUAUAUCAUUUAUUGAAAAUUCCGGCGAUUCGACAAUACUCUCCGGCCAUAUAAAUUCAUAAAUCGGUCCGUGAUCAGGUCUAUCUCUAAUCAGGAAUCAUUAUAAAUCAACUCCGUUGUGGUUAUCGGAGUUGUUUUACACGAUCGCGAGUGUCUUAAAAGGCCGAGAAAAUGACUUUAGGUACGCCAUCUCGCAAGCGAUAUAUAUUUGAGUAAAAGUAAAUUGACGAAUUCGAAUGUUAUUAUCGGGGUUUCCGAAGCAGUUAAACGUUGGAAUUAACGCGUUUAAUCUUAUUAUUCUAUUGUACUUUAUAUUAAUGUUGUAACAGAACGUUGCAGUUUUCGUCGUCUUUAUAAUUGUUCUUAAAAUAAUUGUGUAAAGAAAGUUUCUCGUAAGUAUAAUAAUAAUAAUAUUAUAAUUCGAUACAAUAACGAUAUUCUACAUAAACCGUUUUAAUCAAUUUAACUCGAGACGCGGAAAAUUUAUACUAAUUAUAAUACGUUACAUAAAAUCUGCGAUAUUGAUGAUGUUGUAUUAGAUAUGAAACGAAAUUUCUUAAAAAAACCGCUCGUGUAUCAUACGUAAAACGUAAUUGAUCCCGAUAAAUCAAAAACUCCGUAGUAAGACGCUCAACAUCUCGGAAAGUGUUAAUUUUCGAUGGAACUGUACGAAAGAAGUAUUAACGUUAUUGUUUUUUUUUUCACUUUUACUUUCGGGAACGAAACCAUUGUAUCUGUUUUUGAAUUAUAAAGAGCAAUUUAUAUUAAAAAAUCCAAAAACAGACUGAGUUCAAAUACAUUUCGGUGUUGACGUAUUUUGUUUCCUCCGGCAACCCGUUUACGAGACAUUCCACUUUUGAAUUCUGCUGUGGGAAGGUAGGGGAGCCAUACAAUCAAAUUCCGUGCAUCCGUCACCGUACAAAUGAUGCUCAACUACUCUACCCCUAACGAAACUUAAAAACGGUCGAGAUAAAAAAAAAUCUCGACAGUGGGUGGGUUCGAUGGGAAUUAAAAGUUUAAACGCCGUAUACGAUGUUGACUAAUACAGAUAAUCUGUUGAUGGAAUUUUUAAUAUACAUUUCUAUAUAAAAAUCAUAAGUAGGUAUAUUGGUUUUACUCCCGAAAACAAGGGCGACGAAAAACCAAUGCAAAUGUAACAUUUUAUGGCCGCGUGCAAUAAAAAUUGUCCGAAGGAGCAAAUUGCGAUAAAAAAUUUAAUACUCUCCGCGACACUCUGCGGUGUCUUUACUACGUCAUAUUGAUCACACUAUGUGUGUUGCGAAAUAUUUUCCCUUCGGUGGUUGGGCGCGGUGUUUCCCGAACAAGAUUUUAUGCCUAUAGCAUGCACAGUGUGCACACCAUAAUACAAAUUAUUAUUCGCGUAAAUAUUUUUCGAUCUAAACGCGCGUAUGCAUUUUUAUCGUAAGCUAAUACUCUGUCGUCUGUUUCGUAUCGACGUGUCAAAAUAAUAUUGUGCAAUAUGCGAUUUAGUGCCGCGUGAGAUUAUUCCCGCAGAAACUGCGAUAUCACGGUGGGUACACGCUAUAUAAUAACAUUGUGUUUACCUAUUUCCGAAUAUUUAUGUUAUCAGAUUCGCCUCGAAAUGGAAAAAUCAAUAUUUUAACAACAACCCGGUUGUGCGUGCGCGCGCGCGCGCGCGCGUGUGUGUGUGUGUGUGUGUGUGUCUAACAAAUAAUAAUUAUACCGCAUAAUACGUGUUAGGUUACCUAACUCUGGCGAUAUUAAAGACCGGAUAUUCUCGCGCAUUUGCAUCUUUUUCGUAUUGCGUGUUCCGUAUCAAGUCAGAAAAAAAAAAAAAAAAAAAAAAAAAAAAAAAUGUUAUAAAUCCGAAUCAAGUGAAUAAGAUUUAUGUUGCGCGAAAUUGCACGUUUUUCGGAGUUUCGCUAUUAAAAUACGCAAUUUAAAUUACGUUUCAUCAAAAUGCACGUGCUUUUAUUUUGUUUACAAAUAUUUGUUUCACUCUAUAAUAUAUCAUCUUUGUUGUUAUUCCUGCGCGUAUUUCACGUGUAGGUUUGUAAUUUAUUUAUUUUUAUUUUUGCGUUUUCAAAAUAUAACAUUUUAACACGCCGACCCGGAGUAGACUUGACGUAAUUAGAUUUCUUAAAGGAGAGAAAACGCCGCCGCCGCCGCGAACGCAACGACAUUAAUACGAAAUAAAUAUUUACAGUAACGGAAAUGGAAUUUUCCCCCGCGCCGAACCGCGAAUUGUCCGCUUAAUUCCUGUAUAAGUGUAAUAACACACCAAACGCGAAUGUUCGUUUCGCGCGUUUCGGUAUUUUGUACGUACUUCUGGCGCGAAUUCGCUGCACGAAAUCCCGAUAUAUUAUCGUAUAAUUAUUAUUACUGUCGGAAAAUAUUACACGACCGUGGGUGCGUACUAUCCAUUAUUGUUAUCCGUACGCCAAUGUGUACGACGAAAUACGAUAUAACGAAAAACUAAAUUGUUUUAUACGAUUUAACCGAACAGUUUAUCGGAUGGUUCGGAUGUCGUUCGGGGCCCCAUAACUCGCGGCCAAACGCGGCAAUAAACCGUCGCCGUCCGUAUGGGGUCCCGGGUAAAAUGGCAAAACGCGAAAUUAAUAAUUAUCGCGGCGGUACUACGCGUGCCCGCGCAAUUUUACACACCGCGCAUAAAAAAUAUAAUAUUCAGGUACGCAAAAUGAUUCCGCGCGCGGAAAAAUUCGGAAUAAAUAAAUAAAUAAUAAUAAUAAAAACAAUAAUUCAUUCUCUAUCCGCGAGGCGCAAGAGUGUAUAAGAUAGACGUGUUACGUGGACACGCCUGUCUCGUAUAUAAAUUAAAACGUUUGAAAUUCCUUUUCGCGCGCUUUUCGUCAUAUACUCGGAAUAGUUCACCCGUCGAGGUUUUAAAGAGAAAAAGACCGGCCGCACUACGAAAUAUUAUUAUACCGUAUAAUUUAUACACGUCCUUCAUUACUAGGCGUGUACAAAAUGUCGGUACUUAUAGACGUUUUUUUUUGGGGGGGGUAUUGUUUAAAAUCCGAACGGAACGGCGACGAAAUCGCGUCGGUUUACUUUAUGACUGUCGAUUUGUUUUUUUAUUGUGUCUGUAAACCCUGGCGCCUCUUCGACCGGAAACCUUUCACCGAUCACCGACAUCAGAUGCGUUCUCCGGUGGAAAACGAUGUCCAGGAAGUCUCGCGGAUCGGGUCGUUUUUCGGUGUCUAUUUUUUUUUUUAAUAAUUGAAAGCGUGGAAAACGGAAAUACUAAUUCAAGCGAUAUGAUAAUAAUUUAGAUUUGUUUUGUUUGUAUUCAGUGAAAAACAGGAGCCACAUGAUUUAUUUUCAAAAUUUUUGUUUUUUCUCAAUGCACCGGAUUUUUCCCGAAAUUACUAGAGACUGUUACACUGUGUGCGUGUGUUUUGUCCAUUUCGUUUAUCUAUUAUUUCCUUUUCAUUCCCUUUGGACACAUUUAACGGUUUCCACCGGACUCAAUGUGCUCAAACUAGGGAAAUAGAGUUGUCUUAUAGGCGGGUCGAAGUGAUAAAAAUGCAAGUUGGAAUUCAAUAUGAAUUUCGCGGUCUUUUUUUGUUUAACUUUAAACUCUCCUACAGAUCUCUCUCCCUCCCCUAAAACAAAAUCAGGAACACGACAUUUAGUAAAUGCACGGUGUCACUUCGAGGUUUCUUGACGGUUACCGUUUUCGCGUUCAAUAUUUUUCAUUACUUUUCGGGAGUCGUUGUAUUGUUAUUUUCUUUGGCGGGUGUAUACCUAAUAUGUUUCAUUUUUAUGUUGCGUAACAAAAGAACAGUAAAGUUUUAAUAUAAACAGCAUGUAUUUCUAUUUUUUUUUCCCUCCCCCCUCUCAAAUAUCCGUUCGAUAAUAAUAUAAUAACCAAUAAUGUAUUGUAACGGCGAUAGUAUAUUACAUAAAACUGCGAAUAACCGUGUACAAUAUUCAUAUUAAUGUCUCGCGUUCUCGCAGUUAUUUAUAGCUCGAUCUCUCUCUCUCUCUCUCUCCCUCUCUCUCUCUAUGUAUUAUACACGGUAGGUACCUAUACGAAUAUACGCGGACGGAUGUAUGUAUAUAUAUAUAUAUAUAUAUGCAAUAUACGUUAUUAUAACGAUAAAAGAAAAAAAGACUAGGUACAUAAAUCUUCGGUAUAACUUUACAAUAAAAACCGUAAAAAUUCGUAUCUUUCCCCGAAAUUAAAUUAUAACCAUAGGUAGGUGUGUGUAUUGCGUAUUGUGUAUUUACUGCGCUAUUUAAGUAAAUGUUUUAUCGGAAAAUCGUUGUGUAUACUAUAAAUAUUUUAGUUGUAUAUCUGUGCAACGUAAACAUUUUAUACCGGAUAAACGUUGUUAAUUAUUAUUGUAGCCGACUAUGAAAAUGAUUUAGAAGAAAAGUUUUUGCUAUAAAAAUAUUACCGAAAUUAAAAGACUUUCGAUAAAUUAUCGUCGAUUAAAUUCACGUUACAAUAGUGUAUGAUAACACGCCACUCCCCCUCUCCUUCCUCGGCGUCAUGAUUCUAUAUUGAACUUAUAUGUUUUGCAUAUUUUAUAAUUGUAGCUACAUAAUUCGAUUUCGUCUCGUAAUAUUUUUAAGAUUCGGAGGGAUGAAGCAACAAAUACUUUUUUCGGUUUACAAGUUUCCAAAAUCGGCUUUAUUUGGGUAAUCGAAACCAUACAUUUAAUAAUUGUUUAUUUUGUUUUUGUUUCUUUUAAAAAAAUAUUCGUGCAUUUCGGUGUUGCACUAAUAUCCAGUUUAUUUGUUAAUUAUAUUUGUUACGAUAAUAUAAUCUCGGAUUUCAUAAUACGUUUUGUCUUCUUGUUUUUAUAUUACUAAAGGUCUCAUUUGAAAAUUACGGUCCUUCUUGAUUGUAAUCAUGUAUAGGUGGAUAAAGUGUGUAUUAUUUCAACAGAAGCUAGAAAUCAGUAGUUAAUUACUUUCCUCGUUAAAAAAAAAAAAAAAAUCUUUAAAAAUUAUAUGCUUUAAUAUUGUAGAUACAAUUAAAAAGAAACAAAAUGAUUUAUGGUUUUAAAUUCAUUUAUAAUAUAUUUAUAGAUGUAACUGGAUGUAUACAAGAAAGUAUACAUUUCUAAUUUACGAACAAAUACAUCGAAAAGUCCUAAUAAUUCCGAAAUAGUUCGUAUAGUAUGUAAUAUAAUAUAUUCCGAACAGUUAUCGUUUGAAUGUUUCAAAACUUAUUGAUAUUAUUUCAAUAAUAACGAAAUAACGCUCAAACAGUUUGUGAAAGUAAAGGAUUUUUCGUUGAAAUUUUAACGCCGAACACUUAUUAAACCGAAUUUCGAUUUACCGAUCGAAUUUCCGUUUUAUUUUUGUUUAACCAGAAAUAAUAUUGAAUUACCACAAUUUACAACAACGGCUACAUGUAACGUCGUGCCUAUCGAAUUGCCUAUGCCCUUAAUUUGUCUUUAAACACAAAUAUAUUGCGAUAUCAUUUUUUUUUUUUUUCGAAAUUUUAAAUAGUUAUAAGAUAUCCCGUAAUUCAUCAAAUUAUAACGGAAAAAAGAAAUACCCAAUCGCAAAUAACGGAAAUCGUUUAAGAUACCGCGUAAAUAUUCGUAUUCGUGUUUUCCGAUUACGUCUACAAGGGAGAUCUAAAACCGCUCACGUAUACACCAACGUUAUAGGCACAAUUCACUACCAGAAUCCACUCUGGAAGCCGAAAAUUGGACCAAGACCUCCGGUGGAAAACUUGUUCGUCGUAGACAGAAAAAUAACCGCACACGUCAGUAUAAAACCAAUUUUCAUUUCUCGUUCCGCCCAGAAUUCAAAACGAUCGAACAGUGUAGUAUAAAUAUAUCUGAGUAAACAUAAUAAGCCGAAAUGUACAUUGUGGCUAAGUAGAUACGUAUAUACACAGUGGAUAUUCAAAUUAUUAUUCAUCCUGCGUCCGUGCGUUAUAUAUUGGAUUAUAAAACGUAGUAUGUUAGAUAUCAUUCUUUUUUUAUUUUUUUUUUUAUUUUUCUUAUGUUACGUAGCUAUUGUAUAGGUUGUGAUCUAACCUAUAUCGUGUUCUAAACGAAUAUUUUCAAAUUUAAAGUGGCAAGAAGGUUACUCGUGUGCGUUCUGUAACUUCAUAUAUAUAGUAAAUAUCAUUCGUGAGUCAUGGGAUAUACCUAAGGUAAAUAUUAUAUAUUUAUACGGUUCGAUUUUUUUUUUUUAUUUUUUACUAUUUUUAGAGUAGGUAUUUGAGUUACAACGAAGUACUAUUUUGUUUCGUAUUAUGUUUCUCUUUUUUUUUAUUCUCGUGCGACGUCACAGUGUGUUAUUAUGAAAUUUAAAUAAAAAAUAUUGCAAUAACUUUGAAGAACACCAAAAAAAAAAUAUAUAUAUAUAUAUAUAUAAUAAUAAUACGUAGGAGCGUGAUCAUAAAAACACCGUGUCGAAAAAUAAUUUUACUUCGAAACGAGAACGUAUGUUAUCUAGCGUAAAAAAACCUGUAUUAUGAUAAAUAAUCAAACCAAAUCGACCGUCUGGUCCGAGUGAAUUUAUAAUCAAUAUGUCAUCAUAUCCUUGAUAAUGCUGUUGUUUUUAAUUUCCAUCAUAACCGGUGAACUCACGGCUUUAGAUACUAGGGUUGUGCGGGAUAAACGAUGCCAGGUAGUAAUAUUCAAACAAACCAUGCACUGCUGUCGGUUCAAACGGAAAACAAUAGAAGACGUUAUGGUUGCGUAUCGGACCAUGGCAAUGUAUCCGUCAAGAGUUCCUAUGCGAUUCCAGAAGAGUCACGUUAUGGUGCCAUGUAGUAGUCUCAUAUGAACUAAGUUUGCAAAUGAUUCACACGGGAACCACUAAUAUAGUAGUGAACAUCCACCGGGGGAACGCUAAGACCUCAUUCUUUUCGUAUAUUAAUAAGAACGCUCGUACGCCCUUGCCAUAGAGUAAAAUUUAGAGGUGACAUUCAGUUUCCAAGUUCAUGCCUGAAAAUGCCUCCCGACAGUGUUGGUAAUUAAAAAAAAUAAAUAUCGUACUUUUUUUUUUUAGUACAAAAAUUAUCAUAUUUUUAAUUUUGACUGUUAUAUUUUAAUUACGAUCAUUGCUAAUCUCGAUUGAUUAUCAUUGUUUACGUUGCGGUCUAGUGUUGCGUAGUGUAGACCUAACUACACCUAAGUUCCGUAACAAAACGUACUCGUACGAUUUCAAUUUUAUAUUAUCGUCAAGAUAGACCAGAGUAUCUAAAACCAUGGUAAAAAUUCUAAAAUCAUUUGAAGAGUGUUUUAUUGUUAUUUUUUACUUGAACAAGUGUUAUUGAAUAAAUUUCACGAUUACACAAUAAACAUUUCUGACAGUCUUUUAAUUCGUGUGUAAAUACGUAUGAAUGUCUUCGAGUCGACUAGUUUUCAUUAUUUGUUUUUUUCGAAAAUGUCCUUCAAGUCCCAUAAACGCAACCCUUUAAAUAUCGGUAGUGUGUCCCUCUUAUAUAAUAACGGCGCGAACACCGCGAGUGAGUUUGGAGAAAUAUUAUUCGACCCACCCGUUUUACGACCAACGAACCCACGCCUUUCCCUUUAUGUAUAAAAAAUUGAUAUGCAAACAAGUAAUUCGUAUUUAUAAAUUGCAUUGUUAUGAUUAAGUCGAUUGAUUCUACGUCGAGUAUCCGUGCAUUUUCUAUCUAACGCCCACCAAAUUGACCCGCUCACCUGUCCGUUCACCUUUUCGUUAAAACCCACCAGUCUUCAUAUUCACAGAACUACCGUCGUGUGUCAGUAACCGAUCGGUUUUCAAGUCUGGUUCUCUCAACGUCCCGUAAAACAUUGGUUAGGUGUUAACCGUGAGUCAACCGAUCGUGGCAUAUUUAACGGCCGGUUAGCGAUAACCGGACACCGUAAGAACUUAAGGGCUUAAGUGGUCUCGUAUUAGUAACGGUGAUUACUUUUAAACAUCCGCGUACUCAAAAAUCAAUUUUUUUUUUUUUUCGACUUAACGAUUCGAUUUUAAUCGCACUCACUCGUGCAGGACGUCUUUCUUUCGCGAACAAAUAAUUUGGCCGCGCGAUUGAGAUUUUUUUUAUGAUUAUCGCACCACGGUUUAGAAUUAUUUUUCGUAUUAUAUUAUAUAUAUAUAUUUUUUUUUUUUUUUAAACUCUCGUUUUCUUUUCGCAUUAUAUUAUUAUAUUAUACACGUAUACCUCGCGUAACGUCGUCGUUGUCGUCGUCGUUGUGUCUUCACCGUCGUGCCAUAAAACAGAUUAGUAUUGUAGACUCGCACACAAAUGCGGCACAUUAUGAUCGCUAUUUCAGAAAACGUGUUAAGUCGUACAAGACUAAUGGCUUUAAAAUGUAAAUUCUCGGAAUUACAUUUCGGCCCUAAGUGUAUAUUAUUAUAAUAAUAUAUAUAUAUAUAUAAAUAUAUAUUUUCAAGUUUAUAAUCCGUCGUAUAUAAAGCCUAUAUAUAUAUACACGAGUAUAUAGGUGUAGGUUCGGUAGGUAAGUGGGUGGGUGGGUGGGUGGGUAGGUAGGUACGUUAACGAUACGGUUUGUUUAAAGAAAGCGCCUUGUAAUCAUUUAUCAUCAUAUUAUUAGAUAAAACAAUAUUAUAUUAUAAUAUCCCUGCGUGUACGGAGUUUCCUACGGACACACCUGACAAAUACCAUAGCUUUCGUAUGGCUCAACGUGUUGUUUUUUUUCUUCGUAAUUACCAUUGCCUUGCGCCGCUAUGAUUUUUCUGUUUACAAAAUUCAGUACGGCCAUUUAAUACAUUUGUCUACAACCGAUAUGAAAACCAUUUACACGAAAACAUUUUUCUACUGUCAUUGCGCAUUUUCCAUGGAAAUGUUAAUAACGAACCGGUUGAUAUCGUAUAUUGGUGUCAAUACGAACGAUUUGAAACUCUCGUAAAUUUCAAACGGUUUUCGAAAAUUAACGGCUCAUUGUUGGCGAACAUUUAUCGAACCAAAAUUUGUUUUGGUAAGAUUAAAAAAAUAGUUAAAAAAUCUAAAAUCGUUGUAUUUGAUUUCAAAAAAAAAAAAAAAUAAUGAUAUGAAAAUAGAAGUAAUAUAAUCAUAGCACUAGACUCUCGUAAUCGUUACAAAAAAGAUAAAAACCUGAAAAUAUCGAAAGGAACAAACGUUUAAAAAAAACGCAAUAAAAGCAUUUGUCCGAUGUCUGUGGGGCACCCUUUUUAAGGAUAAGUAUAUAUAUUAUAGUCCACAAUUAAAAAACCUCGUUUGCGUACACUUUUGAAUUAAGGGGUUUUUUUUUUUUAAUACCUAUAAUAUAUAUAUGAAUAUACGUUCGUCGCAACGGGUGAAGGUGGUUAAAUGAUUUUGUCGUGGAGCUGGAUAGGGAGUGAGGAGCCUGAUUUCUAUUCAUAUAGCCGAUAUAGUAUGUGGUUUAUUAUAUUAGUCUGUAUAAUAAAUGAUUAUAAAAAUAUCGAAGGGAAAAGAGUUACGGAAAGGGGGGAGUGGUAGAAUAUAUCCCACCAAUCUCUCACCCCUGUUUGACCGUCACUGGCCGCAAGCUAAAUAAUUGACCUUUUUUUAUUUUCUUACCUACGUUAUUCACACGUUUUUCGCAUAUAAUUAUUUAGGUUAUGCGUUUUUUUUCCGUAUCUUUUUUAUUCCGCUGCACGCGUCUUUUACAUUUUAAUAAUAUACAAAUAUCUAUGUAAAUUUAUUAUUAUUUAUAUUUUAACGUAUUACUCAAAAAAUAAAAAAAUAAAUAAAUAAAAAAUGAAAAACACCUUUCCUCGUAUAUACCUAUUAUCUGUAACCUACACGCGCGCGUCCCUUUUUAUUAUUAUUAUUAUGUCCACUUCCGUUACCUAGUUUUUUUUUUUUACCAUUUUAAUGACAAAAUGGCCGCCAACGGAGACCGGGAAUACUAAUACAACAGCUGCAGUACUCUCUAGAGAUUGUCGCUCAUUAAUUCGACCACUUAAUAAAGUGUAUUACAAACUCGUAAUAAAUCGUUGCGUUUUUUUUUUUCACUCGUGUUGUUUUUAUAUCCUCUCAUCGCGUUCUACCGAAUAAUUAUCAUGGAAUCGUUUCGUUUCGUCUUGCCUGGUGUGAAAACUUGGUGACGGCGACUAUGCAGUUAACAUUAUAUUAAUUAUUUUUAUUGUAUUUUCAGAACGUGUUCUCUCGGGUAGCGAGAGUGUGUAAAAACGAUCGCGGUGGACCGCAACAGCUCAAAAACCGCUGGACUUCCUACCUGAAGUCUCGUCUAAACUGUUCCGUACCCGGCGAAUUCCCUUUCUAUUUCAACGAAAUACGUGAGUAUUCAGUAUAUUAUACGUAUUACGAAUAACGGUUAAAUAAAACAAUUUAUAGCCAAGGUGCGUUGUUUAGAUUCUUAAGGGCCAAUCAUCAAACCGAUUUGAAACGUUAUUUCGUUUAAUGAUAAUCGAGAAUAAGCUCCUCUACCGAGGAAUAUGUUGGUUUCACUAUUAUAUUGCAUGCGAUCGAUUUAUCAAUUUUAAGGGUGGUUUCUGGUUCCACAUUUUGUUUACUUGGGGCGGUAAUUGUAUGAUUUUCCUCGAAGUAUUCUUGACCAUAAGGACUAAACGAUGGACAAAUUGAACGCAAUAGAGAUUUGUAUAAUUUGAAUUUGUUUUUAUAUUUGAUUGUGAUUUAAUCUAAGUAAUCGCAGGGAUCCGAAAAUAUGCGCACAGAAUAAUUAUAUCGCGUGGUUCUUUCUACGCACGAUUUUGAAAACAUUCUUGCGAUUGCUGAGCUGUUUAUAGUCAUUUUGAAAUUCCGUCCAUAUUAUUCCGGUUAUAUUAAAACGUUAUUAUAUCUUUUUUUUUUCUAAUGUCCCGGGAAGUAUUUAGAAAUAAUAAAAAUAUCGCGGCUCGAUAUUAUUUCAGGUAUCGAAAUACACGGUUUACCUAAAACUGUUGCGAUGAAUGUACAAUUAAUCAACACUCGUAUAACAGAGCGUGUAUUCAAUUCCGUUGAUUUAAAAUAAUUAAUCUAAAAGAAGUUGAAGGUUUAUUAUAUCCGUUUUAACGGGUUUGUGAAAUGUUUAAUUAAUAACGUUAUAAUACAUAGGUGUGUGAAUAUAUAUUGAAUCCGAUCCCGAAUUUAAAUUACUGUACUGCAGUUGGCGAAACGUAAUUUAUGGAUUUUCGAUUAGAGAUCAACGAGUUUUUAUCAGAUUAUAACAAUGUCGAUAUAUAUAUAUAUGUAUAGGUAACAUAGUAUUACGGUGUUAGUAAAUUAAUGGUUAUACCGCGGUUACCGAUGAUAUUCGUUGGACGGUUUUAAUUGAUAGCCGUCAAAAUAAUUGCAUGUAGAUACGCUGGCACAAUAAAAACCAAAAAAAAAAAAAAACACAUGGUGGGUUUGUUUAAUGCCAUUAUAUACAUGUACUUUUUUUUUUUUUUAGAUUCUGAAUGUUCGUUUUACUUAGAAAAGUAAUUUUUAUUCGACUAAAUAGUAAAAAUUCUCAGAUUUUUUUGAUCGGCAUUUUGAAAGAUACUCAUUUUUAUGAAAUUCUUAAUUGCUUUGCCAAUUGAUUUUUUUUUUUUUUGAAAAGACUUGGUUAGGGAAAUGUUCCAAUUUGUUUAUUAAACCAUUUUCAUCCCAAAAGUCGAGUAAUUUCUGACCGGCACUUUUUACUUAGAAUUGAACUAAUCAUUAAAAGGCGCCAAAAAACUCGCACAGUACCUUAACAAUAAUUACAUAGUUUCACUCGGUAGUACCUACUUUAAACAAACCAAAUGUUUAGAUUCCCAACAGUUUUCUUAUGAAAUUUUAAAAACCAACGACAAAUUUCGAUAGAAUGGUUUCAUUUUUCUUAAUUUCUGGCUGAUACUUUGGUGGAUCUACUUUUGAAAAAAAUGCACGACUAAUAAUACUAAUUAAUACUAUUUUGUUCAGAAUCGUUUUUUGUUUCGAAGUUAUUCAUCGUUGCAUACCGUAUUUUAUAAACUAAACUUCCCGGUGUUUCCAUUGUCCCAUAUACCCACCCAGAACAGUAGCUUACUCAUGAGCAGUACCUAUCGAUUUUUUUUUUUUAAAAUAUUUUUAUUUAUUUUGCAUUUUUCUCGUCGCAAUCCCGUAUUCUGUCGUGAUAUUAUUUUACUGGUAUUUCUAAACAAUACACAUAGAUGGAUAAUAUUACAAUAGCAACAGCAGCGGCAGUAUACAUCAUUGCAAAUCGUGUAUUCUUGCGGUUAUCGCCGAGAAAUUAUUGAAAUUAAUUUACUUAUUUAUUCUUUAGUUGUUUAGCCACGGGAGUGAAAUAUCUCUUCGUAGUUCCGUUAUACAAGACGAAUAAUCGUAAACACCGUAAUAUUUUCUACAACACAACAGUCGUAAAGAAUCGGAGCUUUUCUUACCCCGCAGAGCGCAAUUUAUUAUCGGAAAUAAAACCGAAAACAAUAAAUCCAAUACGGGUGUUUUGAUAUUAUCGUAGUGUUGUAUAUACGAUUCCGUUCCUCGGGGAUGCGAAACGAAAAUAAUCGUUUGAGGUGAUUUUAUUAUGAAUAAAAAGUCACGUUUUCCUCCGUGCGGGGUAAAGUGUAUAUAAAGCAUACGAAUAAGUAAUUCAACUAAAACUCUGCGAAGUUUUCAUAGAAUAUAACUUUUUAAACAUCGUGUUAUUUCACUGGUACACCGUUCUAAGAAAAAAAAAAAAUAAUAAUAAAAAACCCGAGGGAGGAAAACGGUCUAUUUUUAUUUUUUUCUAAACUAAUUAUUAUUUUUCAUUUUCCUCUAACUACCGAGGGAAAAAAAGUCCACCGCUGCCAUUAUGGAACGAAUAAAAUACUUAGGGAAGUAAAAAAAAAAAAAAAGUGAAAAGAAAAAAAAAGAGAUAUGAGGUUUCAUUUGAGGAAAAAUUAUUCGAGCACAUUAAAGGUUACCCGCUUAUGCAUAGUUUUAAUUAUAAAACCACUUUCGCCUUGCUGAACUUCUUUUAUUCUCUCCCCUCUUCGUCUCUCUCUAUAUAUACGAGUAUAUUUCUUUUUCCUACAUUCUUUCGUUCUCCCACGCGUGCUAGCUUUAUUUUUUUAUUUUUACACUUUCGACUCACUAUAGUGUGUACGGCAGUUAAAACUACACUGCGAUACAAUGACGAUAAUAAUACGUCGUCAUUGUCGUAGGUACUCCCAGAUUUUUUCAGCGUUGGAACAAAAAAAAAAACCUGCACGUGCAGCGUAUACGAAUUUAACUCGGUGUCCUUAUAUUAUUGCUAUUUAAGAUUCUGAGCGUAUUGGUAUUUUUUUAUUAUGAUGCGUUUCGUUUUUUUUUUAUUUUUAAAUAACUUUUCUGCCAGAAAUCUUUCUCCGAUCAUCCAUAGAAAUAGUGGCUUUUGGUAAUAAAUAUUGCAUAGAUAGUGCAUUGAGAGGGUAAUACGUUAAAUUUUUUUGUAAUUUUCGUAGAGAAAAACGGGAAAAUAUAAACAAGUAACGGGUUUUAUAGUUUCAAUUUUGAGGUUCUCUUGGAAUUCAGUUAAAACCAUUAUAUAGAGACCUGGAAAAUUUACCGAAAAUGUAUAAUAAUCCGUUCUAAACGUGGUAAUUUUUUAAAUUAUUCCGCUUAUUUGUUAAUUUAAAUAUUAAGAGACCAAUAUCCAAAAUAAUUUAUAUUUAUGACGUUUAAAAUUAAAGUCGUAAAAACGGCAGCGUUUUAAAAUAUGUCUAACCAAUAUUCGCUCAGACUCGUUUUUCAUUAGUUGUUAUUUAUCGUUAAUAUAUAGAUAUAAAUUUGAUAACUCAAUGAUAUUGUUCCGCUACCCCGAAUUCCUACCUAUAACAGUGACACUGGCACAUCCGUCAGCUGCAGUAUUAGCUUGGGGUUUUUUUUUUAAAUAUUUUUUUUAACAUCGAAAAGUCGAAUAAAAAUAAUAAAUAAUCUUUCGUUGAUUGGGUCGUAUAGCUGUUAAAAAUCAGUGCUUCGAUUAAUUUCCAAUCGAUUUUUAGUAACUUAUUUUUUUUAUACUUUUUUUUUUUUUUUUUUGCAUAACGACAGAAUAAUCUAAAAAAAAGAGUUGAUACUCUUUGGCCAUCGUUGUAGGUAAGAAGUUUAGGAGGUAGGGUACAUAAGGCUAUUUCAUUCAUAUUAGUAAGCAACGAUAAACCAUUACUUGACGUAAAACGAUUCCGAGCGCAGUUCAGUAAUACAUAAUUAAAAAAAAAAAAAAAGUCAAAUAAUUUUGGAAAUUUUAUCACGUCUAAGUAAGUCCAAUAUAAGUAUUAUUACCAAGUUUCAAGUCUUUACGUGUAUUUUUAACCGAAUAAAAUCAAAAAACCUCCCAAACAUUAAAAACCCUUAAAAGCUCAAAAGUGGCUCAAAAGUUUUGGCGAUGUUACUGUAAGAAAGUUAAUCAAAAAGGCUAUAAAAAAGGUAAUUUGUGAUUUUUCGAUUAAAUUAUUUUUUCUGGUAGAAAAUGACGUCCGUGUUUUUAUAAAAUAAUGAAAUCGUGAAAUUGUACGUUUUCCUACGUUUUUUCCCACCUAAGUGAUUUUAUUUAAAGAUGGCGUAAAAAGUCCCAUAAUGACUUCUUUGAAGUACAAUCUAGAUAACUCGAGCUUUCGGAAAAGUUGCUACACGUAAAAAUUUAGAGCAAUUUUACUAGGAAAAAACGUGUCCACAGACUAGAGCAAAGUAAAAAAAAAAAAAUAAAUAAAUAAACAGCAUUUUAAAACCAAUAAUUCCGUCGCUGCGCUCGGAAUCUAAAAUACGUAACGAAAAUUAAUAUAAUAUAAUGAAAAUUAUCUGUGAAGUACCUUCUACGACCCUUGAACGAUCCAGUCACGAGUAGUUUACGCGCCUAUAAGAAAACCUAGCAAUGUUGUAAAUGUUUUAUUCUCAUACAUUCCGAAUAUCCACUCGUGAUCGUGGUAUUUUUGCUUUCAAGUGUUUCCGUCUGGCGUUGGUUCUGCACUCGUUGGAAACGGUCUCCUUACUCAACAAUCACAGCGGUUGCGUACGUCAUUACGGUUUUUUCUAAGUAGACUUGAUGUAAACAUUUCGCUAUUCGCUGACUUGAAAAGAAAAAAGAUCUCUAAAUUACCGACAUCAACAAAUCUUUUCCAAUAGCCGUAUACUUGAAUAUUUUUUUUUUCGAGUUUAUUCGGUCUUUAAAAUUCUGAAGUGGAAAUUUAAUUCGAAAUAAUUUAAAAAAAAAAUCCUUUAAGUUGUUCAGUUAUUUAUUUUGACGCUAGACGUUUCUUAUUAAAAAGAAAAAAAAACAUGUACUUUUACAACGUUUAAAACUUUGAUUCGUCCAUGUGCUGUAAGAAUGUCUGAAAAAAUCUAGUAAGAAUCGACUAAUAUCCAUUACCCUUCUUCGUGGAAAAAAAAAACAAAUUGUGACGGAGUUGCAGAAUACGUAAAUUAAAAAAAAAACAAAAAAAAAAAACAAGUAAAAUUCCGUCGAAAUUAGUUUUUUUUCUUUUUUUCUCGAAGAAUAGUUGUUUGUCAAGCUGAAGAUAAUUUCGGAUACGCCGGCAAUCGUAGUAACUAUUAUACUGAAAUUAUUUUCGUCAUUUACUAUUUGUCUCGUUUCCCAUAGGUUUUCGCCCGAUAAGUAAUACACGUUAUUAUUGCAGUAUUAUAAAAUAAUAUUAUUAUUUCGCUUUGUCCGAACCGAUAUGUUUUUUCUUUUCUUUUCUCUUGAACCGUUUAUCGCCACGUAUUGCAGUUCGGUAUUGCACCGUCACCCGGAAUCGGUCGGGCAAUAUCAUUUUCAUUCCCCCCGAGUGCUGCACGUAGUGAGUAUACAGAAUGCCGAAUCGAAUAUUUCGAAUCGCUACCUACAAAAAUGUAUGUAUAUACCUAUACUGCUACUAUAAACGCGCGCGUGUUUACGAAAAUAAAUUUAAGGGUCCAAUCUUUAUAAUGAUACGGUGGUUAUUAUAUACAGUGGACACCGCAGCCGUUUCGGACACCGUACCGGAUAUUUCAAUACUCGACCCGACGGCGUCCGGGCCAUUAAAUAAGUGUUCACAAAUUAAACACUGGACAAUGGACGCCGGACGCGAUGCCGUUUACGAAAAGUAUAUUUACCGAAAAUAUCUACUGCGCGCUGUGUACUGUUCUCUAAAAAUAUCCAGGCGAGUUUCUCCGGAGAAAACGAUAUCGAUAUCGCGUUAUACCGCGUCAACCGAGAAAAACCGAGACCACUCACUCAAGGCUCCGUCCGAUCAUUAUACUAUUAUGUGUAUUGAAUUGCGUUCGUUAUUCGAUUUUGCGGAAUUCGUGCCUCGGCCAUGGGGGGAGGGGGGGGCACACUGAAAGUUGUUUUUAAUUUCAAAGAGCGGUUCUCAGAUUCUGACCGUAGCGAGGAAUGCGUUUUACGAUCGUGUCAAUUGUCUUAAAUAUCUCAAUAAUCGGAUAACCGUUACUUAUAAUUGUAUCAAAACUUACAGAAGUCAAUAUUGUUUAAGAUUUUUUUUCUAGUCUAGUCCGAAACUCGACCUUUUUCCGAUUCAGUCUUUCCGUUUUUGUUACCCAUGGUCAGUCUAAUUGGAAUUUAUUGUACCAUUUAGGAAAGACAUUUGGCAUUUUUCCCCCGAAAUAUGAACAGUCGAAUGUUUAUUGUUACGAUUUAAAGUAUACAAUUUGAUAUUAUAAUUGUGUGUACUGUUUAUAAUAAAAUGCACGUUUUACCAGUACAAACAUAUUAUGUAAAAUAUACCUAGACUAUAACCUCGUGUAUGCGCAUUAAACGAAUACAAUAUUUCAAAAGUGUUUAAAACGUAAUAGAUUUUAUUAUUAUUGUGAUUAUUAUUAAUAGUCUUAUUAUAACCCGCUUUCCGUUUUAAUUACUUUAAUUGAAUUCGUUUUUUUUUUUUUUUAUUCUCCCUUAUUGACGCGACUAUGAUAUUACGGAAUAACAAAAAUAAAUAUGUUCUGCACCUUUAAUCCUAACGUAUCUAACCGUGCUUUAUUCGUCUGCUUUCAGAAUCUUCGACGGACCUGGUGCAAGGCGUCUACGGUACCAAACAGAACAUGAUGAUGUACGGCGUGUUUACCACACCCGUGAACAGCAUCACCGGGUCGGCGGUUUGCGCAUUUGCGUUGGCCGACAUGCUCGACUCUUUCGAGGGUGAGUUCAAGGAGCAGAACUCCAUGAACGCCAACUGGCUAUCGGUACCCGGGUCAAAGGUCCCGGACCCGAGGCCGGGUCAGUGUGCCAACGAUUCCAGAACGCUGCCCGACCUCACGCUAAACUUCAUCAAAAGCCAUUCGCUGAUGGACGCGGCCGUCCGGUCGUUCUACGAUCAGCCCAUUAUAGUCCGCACAAGUGUCAAGUAAAUAUUAUAUGAUAUAAACUUUAAACGUAUUAUAAAUUCACGUUCUGGAAAGGAGAGAAUGACAAGUCGAACACGGUGCCCAUCAAGUGUUAUAAGUGAGAGUGGCAACAACGUUUGAGCUUUUCUCGGAAUUGUACGAUAAUAAUAUUAUAUCUUAUCGCGAACUAUCUCGGAGAAAACAAAAGUUUUCAGUCCCGUAUUAAAAAAAUCAUGAUGAUAUUAAUAUAAUGUCUUUAUUUCUCGCUCAAUUUACGGAUGUGAUUUCGAGUGCAUAAAAAAUCGAGUGGAUAAAAAUCACGCGCGUAGGGAAAAAUAUUUCCGUCGGCGUACCAUUGAUCGUAUAUAAAUAUAUUUAUUUAUUUUUUUAUACUAAUCCGUCUUGUAUUUUUACAGUUAUAGGUUCACGGUUAUCGCAGUGGACCCGCAAGUGAAAGCUAUCGACGGCAAAACCUACGACGUCCUUUUUAUCGGCACAGGUAUUGCACUGCAAACAUUAAUUUUUGUUUCCCCUUUUCCUGCGUCAUCUGUAUUGAUCUCAAAACCGAACACAGCGAAAUUAUCAUCCGCAAUAAUCUAAACCCGUCGAAUCGUCCGGAAAGAAGUUUCGGUUUAUAGAAAUAUAAUGACGACGAUAAUAAUAAUUAUAAUAACGAUAUUUAAAAAAAAAAAAUAAUAAUAAUAAUAAUACUUUUAAUACGGUUUACCGCCGCGGUGAAAUUCGUUUUACGUGCAUAUCCGCAGUCUACCGUUUGGGCUACAUAAUUAUUAUUCAAUCGUCACUGAUUCCCUCAAGUCGUCGAAAUACGAUAAACUAUUGCUCGAAACUGUAUUUUUAUUUGAACUAUUCUAGUUUUCAUAUGAUUUUAAUAAACGUGACUUUCGACGCGAGCACACGCAUACGAAUAUAUUGGGUGUAUGAUAUAAUAUCAUAUAUCGGUAACUACUGCGGCUUGUCACUUUGUUUGCAAACAUACUAACUUGGAUAACUUAUCGAACUUGUAUAUUGCGUGCACCUAUAUUAUUAGUUAGCUAAUGUUUCACCAACGCUAACAGCUAAUUCAUUUUUAAACGGCAAGGAAAUCUCGCUUUCGAAUUGCAUAUAUUAUUAUUUAAAGCAGUAAACGUAUUCGGACAUUUUGACGGGCAAACAUUAAUUAUUGAAUCGCCGCGAGUUUAUUAUUCAAACGCGUUUAAAGUUCAAACAAAAUAAUUUGCAAUUCAGUGAAUAUUUUCCGUUAAAUUCCGAUCUGCUAUGGGUAUGGUCUCAAUAAACUGUAUAAUAUUAUGCAAAACAUUUAAAAAAAUCAACAAUGGGUGUGACAUUUGUUAUCAUAACGUUUAUCGAUUUUCAAACGAGAUAGAUAGAAACCGCCGUUUGAAUUAAAGCUAAAUAAAAAAAAAAAAAAAAAAUCUUAAAAAAAAAGAAAAAAGGAAUUGAUUUUCGAUAGUCAGUAUAUGUAGUGUCGUUGUUUUAUCAAUAUUUAAAUAUCAAACACUUUGAAACAAAAGGGGUUAGAUACAUGAGCGGUUAUUAUAACAAUGUUAUUAUUUUAUGGCGGGACGCGGAUCGUGCCGAUGAAUUUUUAUUUUGAAUUUGGUUAUGCGAGAGGGUGGCACCAGUGUGCUUAAAAAGGUCAGCGUGUUUCAUAUUAUUAUUAUUAUUAUAUUAAUAAACGGACGGAUCCCGCGUGUGUUACGGUCUCGUCGCGUUGUCGUGAAAAAACUUACUCUAAUUACAAGGAUGUAUAAGCUCGACAAUUUUUAUUUGUAUGUUUUAAGAAAAAUAUUGUAAUGGUUGUUAUCACUGGUAACAACAGAUAAUAAAACCGUUGCUUAUCAGUUGCACUAUUGUUUAAUAAUAAUUGCGUUUCGUCGGCUUUUGUAUGUCGAUUCCGUAAAGAGCAUUUUGUGGCCCUAAGUCUAAAGACUCAACGAGCCGGUAACAGUGAAAUGUCGAGCAAGAAUAACAUAAAUAAUAUUUCAAAUCUAGUAAAAUUUAUUUCGCGUAUUUUUCGUUUCAAUUUUAUAAAUCGUUUAGAAGUAACACACUGUACAAUAUUAAUAAUAAUAAUAAUAUUAUUACGCAUGAAUGUUGACAAAUGUUUGAAUCCCGUAUAAAAAGAAAAAUUUUAAUAUUUUGUGAUACAAUGUCCAAGAUAAAUUUAAAUUUGUUUAAUUAUUUACAACACAAAACAUGAGCGACGAAUGUAGCAAAUUCAAUAAAUAAAACGAUUUUAUGUAAAGACUAUUACUACUCUACACAUUUUAGCGACACGUGUAAUGGCUUUUUUUAUAAUUUUUAUGAACUGUAUUAAUAUAUUGUAGACAUUGUAGAAUUGUCUGAAACUUUAUUCAAAUUGACGAAAACGAUUUUUAUUAAUAAAAAUUAAAGUAAGAGUUAAUAUAUUUGGUUUUAAACUUUUCGAAAAUUUACACCGUUAUCAGAUCUCCCGCGGAAGCACGAGAUAUCUGAUAACGAGACGCAUCCGAUGAGAUUGGUGAGACGGUGGGAGUCGCGUAGUUAUAUUAACUGACCGCGGCAACUGUUAAAUCAUCACGCGUCAUACGUCAAUCGGGGGCGUAGCCAGACGUUUUUUUUUCUUUUCUUUCCGGGCAGGCACAAUACGUAUUUGGACGGGAAAAACUACAAAUUUAAACACGUUUGAUUUAUUCGAAAUACUGUAUCGCCGUUGUUGUUUUUUACCGUGCAGACAGCGGCAAAGUGCUGAAGGCGAUAAACGCCGCCAGCGCCGACACCAACGAGAAGGUCACUCCGGUCGUCAUCGAAGAGCUGUACGAGUUCGGCGGGCCCGGCACGACGGCCGCCGUGAGAAACAUUAAACUCGAAGACAAGAGGCUGUUGGUCGUCACCGACAGACAAGUGGUGUCGCUGCCACUCGACAGAUGUCAAAACCCGCUCAUAGCCACUUGCAGGUAUUGAUAAUAAUAACAUUUUUUAGUAUCGCCGUGUCAGAUGUAUGUGUAUGACGCGAGUACCGCGAGCACGGUCGGCGGCAUAUUAUUAUUGUGGGGGAAAAAAAAAGCAGCGAAACAAAAACGCGCCGUGCAAAAAUGUUCCGGUUUCUAACCAUCACCGCGGUAUACGUACGUACCGUGGUCGUAUAUUAUGUAUAAUGCCCGGCCCGAGUAGUAAACGCAUUACUCUAUACCCGUGUCGUCGUCGUUGUCGUCGCAACUUUUUGAUUCGACUGAACUUUAUUUUUUUUUUUUUUUUUUCCCCCGCCCGUUUCGAUCGACGAUGAAAAACGAUANCGAGUAGUAAACGCAUUACUCUAUACCCGUGUCGUCGUCGUUGUCGUCGCAACUUUUUGAUUCGACUGAACUUUAUUUUUUUUUUUUUUUUUUUUUUUUUUUUUUUAGUUUUUAAUCAAAGUUUUGAUUAUAUUUCGUUUGUUGUAACGGCGUUGACGGCGGCGCCGACGUGUGUGUAUGCGUAUAUACGAUCUGAUUCAGUGCACUCCGCUGAACGUAGAAAUAAAUUAAAACAAUCUAUUUCUCGUAUAUUCGUUUGUAUGUUUUAUGUUUUUUUUUUCCCCCGCCCGUUUCGAUCGACGAUGAAAAACGAUAUAUAAUAUUCUUUAUUCUCCCCCCCACCGUGUUUUUUUUUUUUUUUUUUAAUACAAUUUGUAUUGGUUUACAUUUACGUUUUCUUUGUGUACACAUUGCCGUCGUAUGUCGUUCCCACGGAGAGUAAUAAUAUAAUUGGCAAAUAUCCGAAGUAAAUACGUAUUAUACAUCUGUAGCUACGGAGGAGCUCGAGGUGAUUGUCUUUCCAAAAACAGCCAAGCCCUCUCCUCCGGAAUCAAGUCCUUACCGAGCAAAAUUCCGAAUAUAACCAUAAUCGAUAUCACGAGGGAUUCAUCUCUCCCGUCCCGAAAAAAAAAAAAAAAUUAAAUAUUCAGGCUAUUCGCGCCUACACGAAUUACAUCAUUUCGAAACCAGACAGUCUUUUAGGAAUGUCCGAUCUUUUUUUUUUUUUUUUACGCAUUUCAGAACAAUAAAAUUAUAUAGUUACACGAAACCGAAUCAAACGCACUCCCCGAGUUCCGGGACGGUACACCGAUUCGGACACCGAAUAAAAUGCCUACCGGAAAUCGCAUUUUCGCACGAGAUUAAACGUAAACGCCUGUGGGGAGGGGGCGCGUGCCUGCGACGUGCGUGGACAACAAUCGACCCGAAAUAUCGAGAUCCCCCCGUAACGUGGUCGGCCGCGAAAAACCGUUCGGCCGUUACUGCACCCGCCCGCGUCCUCGUCGUUUAUCGUUAUCGCCGCAAGCCCGGCGGCGACGCGGCCGUUGGCGAGUCCGAAAUCGAAACGGACCGCCCGAGAAACGCGUCCCCGAUCCGAUGGCCAAUUGCGCUGCGCCGCGCUGCCCCGAUCCGAGUAGACGCGCGAGUGUUCACGUUCGGACGGCCGAACGCUUUCGGAGGAAAUGUCGCGUCGACGUUUUCCCGACGGUAGGCGCCCAUAACUCGUUGUUUUUUUUUUUCUCGACCCCGUUAAGACGCCCCCGAACAAGUUCCGUAUUGUCUCUCGCGUCUCCCGGUUCGCGACGACCGCACGCCGAAUGCCCGUGCGCGCACAAAGCGAUCGACGAAUAAAUAACGGAACGCCGUCGUCAACGGCGGUAUAACGCGGAAGUAAAACCGACGUACUCAAUUUGUUUUUUUUUUUUUUUUGGUUAUCUAGCGAAUGCAUCGGUCUCCAAGACCCGUACUGCGCGUUCGACAAAGUCAACAAGAAAUGCCGUUCGAUGCGCGAAGUGCCCACCAGCCGCUGGCACGAAUUCUACCAAAACAUCCAGUCCGGUUUGCACCACGAAUGCCCCUCAGGUAAGCGCGCGUCGGGAACCGUCCGCCACACGGGCUCGUGUUAAUCGUUUUGCGUUCCACAAAUUUCAGUUUCGAACAGUAGAAAAGACACGAGCGUCGGAUUCGCUUCGAACGCGCAGAGCGGCGCUAUCGGCAAUCCCAUGGACGACAUCGGUGACACCAUAAACCUUUCGCAGGACGAUCAAGCACCGCCGUACGGUAAGCGCAUUGCACCGAUUGCCGAUCCCCGCGGAUUUCAAAAUUCUCUCCCCCUCAAUCGAUCUCCGUUUAUCUUCUUCUUCCGUCCCUCGACUCGCUAUUACCGUUUACGCGACGAUUGACUUCCGAUUGCCGGUUUUCUCGUUUUCCGAGAAUAUCAACGUGCCACACGUCCCGUUCCGAUAUGCUCGGUUCAAGAACGGCAACCAAUUGUCUGGUUAUCAUCGUUUUUAUCUAUUUUUUUUUUUUUUUUCAAUCGCAAAGGCGUCAACAACGACGAUGUCAGAGUGGACGAACGGCAGGACGGCAGCUACACCAUGGAAACGGUUUUGACGGCGGUGUUCGCCGCGUGUUUGGCGGCACUGUUGACCGGUUUUUUGGCCGGUUACGCGUGCGCCAGGCGUUGCACCAAAAGCGAAGACGACAACUUACCGUACCCCGACACCGAAUACGAAUAUUUCGAACAGCGGCACAACAUGAACGCGUGAGUUUAACAGCAUAUAAUAGCCUCUAAAAUAUUAUCAUCGAGACGGCGACGAUUAAUUAUUUACCACCAUUUUUUUUUCCUCCGGAAAAUGAAUCUUAAAUUUCCAUUAAAAAUUAAUUUUUUUAAUUGUUGCGGUUUUUAUUGUCUCCGUCUGUUUGCGUUAUUAGCGUCUUAAAAAUUGAAUUAUAAUGGCACUAUUAUUAUAAUAUGCGGAAGAUAAUCACUUUAAUAAUAAUAAUCAAAAUGAAAAUCCCCCUGUUGUUUUUUUUUUUUUUUUUUUUUUUUUUUUUUUUUAAUUUUUUUUUUUUUUUUUUUUUUUUUUUUUUUGUUUUAUUUAAAUUUAUUACUGUUAUUAUUGUUGUUUUUUGUUUAUUUUAGUUAAAAGCUUUUUUUUUUUUUGCAUACUAAACAAUUAGACGAGCAGCGCGUUUCACGAUUAUUAUAAUAAUUAUCGACGGGCGUAACGCAGUGGUAUGAAAUUCCAGUACCGUCGACCGUAAUACGAUUACUAUUAAUACUAAUCGCAGUGUGCACAAUAUCGGAUCGCGUCACACCCCGCGUCGAUCGUAACAAUAUCACUGCGACACUACGCGUAUGACAGACACCGUUCGACCGGCGCUGCGUUUCCCGUGGCCGUCACCGCGUCGGUUCGAGACGCGCGCGCGUUGCGACCGACGCGAUAUUGUUGAUCGCGGUUCGUUAUUACUCGAUUCGGACGAAAACGGGAAAUCGCGGAGGUGUGGUCUGACGAGAGCCGGACGUCGAAUCGAAACGUGCGAGCCGAGCAGAGAAACGUGUGUUAGGACGGACGGACGUAACGCGUGACCGCGAGUUGACCGGGCGGCCGCGUCGGAAGCGCGCGGCGGCCGGGCGUGCGUCGGGCGCAAACUUCUCCGGUACACGGGAAAACGAUAGAGAACGAGAGACGAGACGGGCCGGUCGAACCGGACGGGCGAGUUGAGCGCGCGCGCCGGUGAGGAGGUGGAGCGGCGCGAGUGCGACUGCCGGGUGUCCGGCGGUGGCGGCGGGGGUCGCACGCGGGAAACGCCGACGGACGACGGGCGAGAAUAAAAACGUGGCGGCCGACCCCGCUCGCCGGAAUAUCUGUUUAUUUUUUUCCGAACACCCGGGGUCGAUCGUCGCGUUCGCGAUCGUCCGUCGUCGACGGUAUCCGGCUGGUAAACGUUUCGAUCGGACGGCGUCUACGCAACAAACUGGACCGCCGGACCUCCGGGAUCUGUGCGGCAACGGACUCCGGCACCCGGGCGCGUGCGGCCCGAGUCGUGCGCGCGCCGAGAACAGCGCGGAACCGUUUGAUUUUCCCGCCGGUCGAACGUACGGGCGCGGCUCGCGGUCACGUCACGGCGAUAGGUUCCGGUGUGUCGACGAGCAAACAGAUCGCCGUGACGACGCGGCGACAACGCGAACGCGUCGUUCCCGCGUUCAAAACGGCCGCGCGACGCGGUUUGAAAACUGUUUAUAUCGACUGCACCGCGUCCGUUUAAAAACAAAACGGAAAAUUAUAAAAGGGAUAGUGUGUUAUUGCCGUGCGGUAGGUGUACAAAGUAAUAAUUAUAAACGGCCCCCGGGGAAUAUAAUUUAUAUUUUACGUGCGCGGCGUAAUAAAAUACGACUGCGUCACUAGUUUGGCGGCUGAUUGGACGUAUACGAAAUAUAAGUAAUCGUGUAACACCCGCCGCUGCGUCACCGUGACAACGCAAAGGGUUGAUAAUUAUUAACAGCGCUAUUAAAAAAAAAAAAAAAAAUCGUUAAAAUAUGAAUUGAAAUUUAAAAAAAAAAACCGAAAAACGAAUGCACUGUGCAAUAAUGCACUCGACAAUUUUAUACGGUCGUGAUGAGCGAUUGCUCGCUAAAUGUGAGCGGUAAAUAAAAUGAAAUAAUAAAGUUUCAACGUUACAAUUUAUUUACGGGGUGAACGGGGUCACUGCAGUACAAACGCACUCACCGCGGCGACCCGACGAAAAUCGUUUUCUGUUUAUUAUUUCGUCACCUGGGUUAUAUCAAAAUUAUGUUGUGAAUAUUCUUUUAAAUGCGAAAACGGACACUCGAGCGAUAUUUCUUGCGAAUUUCUCACACGAAUCGAGAUCGUGUAACGUCGUUUUCCCGCUGCCGAAACCAUAAAAAAAAAUAUGCGGUGUGGCCAAACACCGAUUCGUAUCCGAGAGAUCGAAUCUUCGUUGAGCCACCCCGGCGAGUACGCGUAUACCGGCGGCUUUAUUCGUUUCCGGAACACCCUGUAUGCAAUUAAUAAUCGUUUGGAAUUUAAAUUUCCGCGAAACUAAUCACGACCAAUAAUUAUGACAAUCUUUAAUUAAAAUUCACAAAAAAAAAAAAAAAAAAACGUUCGGCCCGGAACAUUAACGAAUUUUGUCCGCGAUGGAUUUUCGUUCCGCCGUCCUACUGCGGAAUUUACCGCUAUACAAUACGAGUUUAUUGUCGCGUUUCCUACUCACUAUCGGGUAGGCGCAACUGGAUCGCCGAUUUCGAGGAUGCCAAAGUUUUAUAUAUAUGGUAGACGCAUCACAGACCCACAGGGCCAAUGCCCCCGCAAUCCCCUUUACACGACAAUUAUUAUAAUAAGCAACUGCAAAUUGCAUUUACAAUUUUUUAUAUAAAAUGUAAAAAUGUACCGUAACUCUUUUAAAUUUAUUUAUUUUACACACAUGGAUUGUCUGUAGGUAAACUGUACUUUGUUCUGCUUAUUAAUAUUAUGAAAUACACGGAUAAACUGUUCAGUCGGUGCUGUAAAAAAGCCUAUUGGGUAUUUUCGGGAGUACAGUGGCGGCGCGAGGGAGGUAUAUCUGAAUCACGUGAUUCAAAAAAAAAAAAAACUGUCGAGUAGACCGCGAGUGUCUGAGUGUUUAGUAGUAUAACACAAAUUAUUAUGUUUUUACAAAACAACAGUCGUUAAGUUAAUUUUAGACCGCGGAAAUUUGAUAAAUUUGUGACGGAGCUAAGUCAGGUUGGACGGGGGUAUUUAUGAGUCGGGACUGGUGUAAAAUUAUACCGACAGUUCAAGGUACAAAUACUUCGCGCCGUCACCGUUUGGGAGGUCUCAUUUUAAAACUCGGGGUACUAGAGACCCCCUAGCACCCCCUGGUUGCGCCUAUGCUCCCCAUAUACGCAUUCUAUUCAUUCGGAUUCUUCCCGGUAUACCGUACGCCGUUCACUUCGAUCGGAUAGAUAAUAUUUUACACUAUUAUCACUAUUAUUUGUAUAACUGUUUGUUUGUCAAAUUGUUUUUUUUUUUUUUUUCUUAUAUCGUUUUUGUUUCGCAGGAGAAGACUCGGCGAACCCAAACUUUUGCCCCAAGAAGAAGUCACGUACGCCGAACCCGUGCUGAUACCGCCCAACAAAGUCAUACACGGUUCGCCGAAAGCCACGCUCAGACACGCCCCGAUGCCGCCGUUGGGCUUCGCGCAGUUCCAACCGAACAGCGCUCAGGACAGUUACUAUUCGCAACAGCAGAACAUUCGCGAUCACUUCGGCACGCUCCGGUCACAGAGGGAACACAAAGUAAAUGAAAUACGUGCAAGACGUGUUCACGCAAUAGCUUUUUUUAUUGUGGUUUUUAUUAUUUAUUUUAUCAUGUUUCGAGUUAAAAUUUUAAUGGAAAAACAGUGUGUAAAUCGCGACACGACCGUACGUUUAAUCGAAUUUCGCUCACAAUCGUUUCCGUCGGCAACGAUCGAUCGUCGCUUACAGAUAUUAAAAAUAUAAAAUCAAUCCCGCCACGCCGUCCCGAAUCUUAGCGUUAAACCCGCAGUGGCACGCGACACCCAUCGUCGGCAUUAAUCGACUCCUCUCUCUCUCUCUCUCUCUCUCUCUCUCUCUCUCUCUGUUUCUUUUAAGUUUUGAUUUCAGAUCGAUAUUGCACAAUAAUAAUAUAUACGAGUGUAUACAAAACGCCAUUCGGUCUUCCUCCGGUGCCGUAAAAAUCGUGUUGUAUAAACAGAAAAAAAAAAAAAAAAGAAGCUUUAUACAAAUAUUUUACUACCUAUACGUCGUGUAAUAUAUUAUUUAUUAUAAUCUACGUGCAUGUGUGCCGCAGCGUACGGUGACGGAGCCGCUUCGGGGUUCUUUGUGAAGGAUAUAUUAUUAUUAUUAAACGAGUAGGUAUAUCGAUUUCAUCCCCUACCCCUCCUUUUACACACGCACACACUCAUUCAUUCUCUCUCUGCCGUACAAACGAGAAAUACGUAUACCGCGGUGCACUGACAUACAGAACGAUCCUUCGUUCGCGUUUUCGUCUACGGAUAUUGUUUCGAAUUUUUUCCUCCCGUAUAAAAAAACACAAUGUCGAUGGUUGAACGCCGGGACGGACAAAACAAAAAAGUAACCGAAAUCGACAUCGCAAACAUAUCACCACCCUGUGUAAUAACGAUCCCCUGUAUCUCUAGGCACGAAAAACGUUUUCGCUCCUCUGUAUCAGUGUUUCCCAACCCGAUGGGGGGGGGGGGGGCGUGAACGAAUUGCCCGGGAGACGGAAGCAGUCGUCACGAAGUGAAAUUCGUAUCUAUUCAAUUAUUUGUAUUGCGCGGUGUAGGACAAAAAAAAAAAAAAAAAAAAUAAAAACGACCGGUUUGCGAGUGUCGACAUAAAUGUUACGAGCGAUGCCGUACAUAAGUAGGCGCGACGAGAUGGAGAGGGCAGUCGCCCGAGAGGAUUUAAUUUUUAUCGAGAUCGUUCACGUAAACAUUCGUUCGGGUAUCGGCCUUUAUACGGACAUUAUACCACGGGUGUCUGUAAAGAGGUUGGGAACCACUGCUGUGUACCGUAGUCUCGUGAUACCCGAUAUCGCGAUUGUAACCGAACGCCUAUUUUAGGCGGAUUUCUAAACGGGACGCGGUUGUCGCUGCAGUCCCCGUCGUCACGACGACGACGGCGGCGGCCACGCGGUGUAACGCGUUUAGAGGAAAAUAUACGUACUCGCGCCGCGGUAAUCCCGAGCCCAUUACGUGCACCCCGUAGUUCCACGGUUACCCGCCUCCGGGGGUGUGUAUGUGUGUGUGUGUGGGGGGGUGCCAUUAAUCGUAUACAUAUACGAGGAACGGAAAACGACUUCGGGAGCCGUUAAUAUGUAUACAGGGUGGUCGCGGCGCGGACGAUACCGCGGCAGACUUUUCCGCCGUCGAUGCCGCUCCGCCCCGGACGGGUAUUCACGUGGUGCGGCGUCUGUAACGAGACGUUCGCGAAAAUCCACGUCGAAAAACGCGGGCGGAGAAAUCGUUUUCUCGCCGCGUUAAAUGCCAGGGCGCAUAGUUCGCGUGCUUUUCGCUUCUUAUCGUUUGCUAGACCCACCCGUAUGUACCGCGAAGGGCCUUAAACCCCCGGCGAUUAUUCCGUUUCCUACCUGUUCCCGUCUGGGCGAUUGUUCGGUACGAAAAUUGCUUAGGCGUAGAAACUAUAGGUCUGCUCGUCCAUAAAAAAAAUUCAAUAUCCGUAUUUGUUUAAUGCCGUACCUAUUUUCCCUUUUCCCGGUGUUUCUAAUUUGCCGGGAAAACUGAAUAACGGCCUCUCCGAAGUACGUCUCCGGUCGGUUCUCUCGGGGAGCAUCGACUUUCUAGCUCUCUUUCUGCCCCGCUCUCUCCGUCAUCUAUACAACCCUCUGUUAGGUGUCUGCCGCCGAAGCAGUAGCAAUAGCGCGACAUCUAUCAUUGUGCUGGACCAAGUCUCGGCCGUCGACUCCUCGCACAUUCUUUGGAUCCUCUUCAAGAACGUCGGUCCACACCUUUUCCCAGGAGGUUUACCGCGGGGCCACUCCUCCGUAGGAUGUAACGCCGUUUUAACAUCAUCGUCGUCAUCUCGUCUAUACGGUCUUGCCGUCCGUGACAGUAUUCGUACACUCGUAAAACCGCGGUCACCGGCGCAAAGUCCGUCUCGUCGCACGGCUUCCCGCGGUAUACUAUCUCCUCCGCCGUAUUACCGUUUGCCGUUUCAUCGCAAACACGACCGUCGGUUGUUUUCCGUACUAUACAUUUUCGCGUUUGGUCUUAUCUUCGCGAAAACAGUGCAUCGCGAAAAAAACAAUUUUCAAACUUCCGUUAGAAAACUACCCGAACCGAACAAUCGCCCUCUAUAACGGCCGCCAUAAUUGUACAUUGUUUGUUAUCGCUUACAGAACGACGGGAACAAUUACCAUCACCGGGACGGUUUCGGGACGACGCGCAGCGUGAAAAAAGUGUAUCUCUGAGGUGCGUCGGAGGGGAGGGCAAGACCACCGCGUCAACACAACGCGAACGCUAGCAGCUCGUCAUCGCCUUCCCCUCCGAGUUCGUCGCCGUCACCGCCGGCAUCGCCUUCACUGGCC